GUUAACUCUGGGCAUAGUUUACUUCUUGUGAGCUCUCUUUCCCGUUCAUGGGGGUCUUUCUUUCUUUCUUUGCGAUUUAAGUUAAAUGGGUCGGAAGGUAAUGAUCAAUAGUUUUGUAAGUUUUGCAUCUUUAAUAAAAUAAAUAAAUAUUUGACAUACCUUUUAUAUUAUAGUUUUCUUGAGAAGAGAACAUGGAUAAAGCAAAAUUUCCUACUGUGACCCUGGCAAGUGGGCAGCACAUCCCCAUUCUGGGCUUGGGUGAGUUACUUUUUAUAUUUAUUAUAUAUACUCCCAGGAGUCCCUUAUUAGGACAGAUAGCUCCUUUUAUGUGCUUAAAUCAAUCCCAGUGUUCCUCUUUCCUAUCCUUAUGACUCUCUUUUCUUGGAAAUUAAUAUUUUCAUGUGAAUGUGUAUGGAUAACGGUUGAUGACAAUAAAACUCACAAUAUUUUGUACUGAACAAGACCACGUAAGUCCACAACCCCUAUACCCUGCUGUAGUGGUUAUGGCGCCAGUGUGCCUCUUGUGUUGUUCCCCUGUAAAACAGGGUUAUAAACUAAACUCUGUAUUUUCACAAACUGAAUCCAGGUAGAAAAACAGAUGCAAAAAUAGCCGAUCUGGAAAAAUUAUCCAGUUUUUCUUUCUGUUUUUCUUUCCGUUUUUCUAUUCCGAUUUGGUGCCUCCAGUCCGGACUCUUACUUGUCAGUUUGUUUUGUGUAUGUUGCAUUUUCAUAAUAACAAUUCUCGCUAUAUUUGGAUGUUAUUCUUGAGAAGUUUGGUUUUCCUCAUUAACAGCUCUGAGGGGCAGGAAUAUGGCUCCAAUGACUUUCACACAGCUGAGAGUUGGCACAAGGUGUUUUGUUCACCACCAACUUUCCAGUAAUGCAGAGUUGUAAUGGUACUUAGAGUAAUUAAAUACAGCUUUCUAUAGUGGUAAUAUUGUCUGGAGUGCUGUGGUGCCAUCCUUUGCGUUAAUAUCAAACUAUUUAUGAAGUGUUUGACUCUUCUCAGGUUACUCUUAUCAAUCAGUGUGUCAAUUUCUUACCUAGAUGGCGGUAAUUAGUUGAGAGUGCCAAUCAAAACACUGGUUUUCUGUGUGUCGUGGCUGAAUAUUGACAUUAAAGAGUAACUUUCAAUUCUAGAGUGACAGAUCCUUGUUUCUUCACUAAAGUAAAUUCUAUUGCAGUGUUUAUUGCGAUAAAUAACGCACUUCCAUGUUGCUAUAACUUCACCUCUGCAUGAUGCCUAACAGAGAAAUUCUGUACACUCACAUGCGCUCCCAGCAUUAUCUCCAAAAUUGCUGAAUAUGUGCAUGCGCUUGUGUACAGCACAGCAGGAGUUAACUAAUUUACACACUUUGCAUAUAAAUUAAAGGGUAACUCCAAGCACCAUGGCCACUAAAGUGAUUAGAAGAGGUGAUGGUUCCUGGAGCAUGUAUGUGCUGUAUUUUGCUAGGUAACAUAUAGUGAAUAUGUUACUUAGAGAACCCACACAGUGUAGCUAAAUGUUAUUAUUUUUUCUUGAUACAGAUGAAUUAGGGAACAUUUGCUUUGAAAUUAUAUGUGCCCAAUUCCCCCAAUGAGCAUUUUAUAUAAAUGUAGGUGUUCUCAGCAGUACCACUAAGAAUUGCAUGUUCUGGGCAGAGCCAGACUAUCCAUUAGGCGGCCAAGUAGGUAGGGCCCUCUCUUGGCUUGGAACUCUGGCUUUCAGAUGCCUGUCCAUGAGCUGGAAGGGAGAUCAAAAGAUCUACUGGCAUGGUCCUGUGCCUCCUCAUUUCACAGAGGGAGUGCUGUGGUCUGUUCCAGUGUCAGGUAAAAAACAUUUUAAGAGUGCCCUUGCAGUCCCUCUGCAUUUCUUAAUCAUUCAGAGUGCCACAGCCGGUGCUCUCAGUUAUUGACUGAGCGCCAGAACUGUAAAAGUGCUCUUAAAGUGGUCUGUACGUGAUAUUGUUGCAGAUGAUGGAGCUCCCCCACUGCACCCUCCAGGAUCCUGCUCACACUCCACUGGCCCAUCAGGGUAUGUAUGCAGAAGACAGGGGGGACAUACAACACACAUACAACACUCAGCCUACCCUGCAUACAAAUCAUCCACGACACACAAAAAAACACUACACACUGACACACUCCGCCUCGUCCACCACACACCACUUACAAUGCAGCACUCACAGAAACUAGGAUGGGGCCCCAGUCUUGCAACCUGCCGAGGGCCCUGGGCAGUCAUAAUCUGCUUCUUUGUUUGCCCCUCAAUUCCUAUUAUAUUCCGAUGUAUACGGCUACAAUCUUUACUUAUAUGCACGUAUAUAUUUUUAUACAUUAAUAUGUGACCUGCACACAGGAAGUUGGGCCGUUCUGUUAUUCCAAAUAUAAUUUCCUUGAACAGGGCAUAACUUUGUAGCAACUUAACUCAAGUUUAACUUGUUGCAAGCGCCUGACUUUACAGCAUCCGUAAUAAACUCAAUUUAGUUGUCUCAGCCAAUCAUCAUAUCUUUCCAAGGAGUUUAGAUAUCCCAUAGGGUUCAAUACAAUGUACCUAAUAGAGUGCUGUAUAUACAUUCAAACUUUCCCAUAAGAAAACAUUGAAUUAAUUCUUUCCUAUGUAGCUUCCACGUCAUGUGACCGAGUUUUACUCAGUCUGUUUAACAGAAGCGUCUCUAGUGGUGCACCAACAUAAGUAAGCCACUAGAGGUGGAGAUAAUCCUGUAAUGUAGACAUUGCAGUUUCUCAAAAACUGCAGUGUUUUACAUUGUUGGUUAAAUAGAGGACAGGGGCACAGCACACAGACCAUUUCAUUGAGAUGAAGUGGUCUAGGUGACUAUAGUGUACCAUUAAUAAGUGUAGAAAUGUGAGUCCAUUUAAUGACUUGUCUCCCCAAAAAGAAGACACCACAUAAAACCCACCUAAAACAGCAGGACAGGGGCCAAAAGUAUGACUGUGCCUUUCAAUUGACAACUGUUGAGAUGUUUAAAGUAGCCUGUCAUGGGAGUUAGGUAUUUUUCUAGCAGUCGCGCAAAUAUUUGGAUGGUCUUAAGUGGAAGUACUGCAUCAACCUAUGACAUUUGUCAAUGAGAUGGAUUUGAAGCUGCAAAAACAUUUUGCAUAUGUAACCUUAAUUUUGCUGCUAAACCUGAUACGCAUGUAGAGCUUCCACAUCUACUUCUGCUCAACAAAAAAUCUUGUAACAGGAAACACUUAUUUUGAUGUUGGCACUGUGCAUCCUGACAUUUGAUUUAAUCUCUUUUGAUGACAUAAGUAAUUGUUUGAGUCAUUUUAGUUAAUGUGUUUUAAAGGGGCAGGAUGGAUUUUUUUUUUUUUUAUGUAGCAAAUCAGUUGUGCAGAAAGGCUAAAAUGUGCAGGCGUUUCUAACUGCUUUUUUUUUUUUUGUAAUAUCCAAAAUUUUUCCGGAAAUGAAAAAAUUGACUUUAUUUUCUGUAUUACUUAAUUUACGCAGUUCCAAAGACGCAAGUCCCUUUUAAUCAUAGAUCAGGAAAUUCUGUAGACAUAGUGGCGUGAGGAGAUUUUCUGCUUUUCCUUUGACAUGUCAUGAUUUUAACAGCUUCAAAGAGUAGAAUCCAUCCUGUAAGGAAACAUUUUAGCACUGAGAUGUCCUCACGCACCCUUCUUCCUUGUUGUAAGCCUUUGAAGCCUGUGAGUAAGCUCUGCAGAGACAUUGUGCCAACAGCCUAGACAUCUCUGAGUCUCAAUAAUAUCCUAAUACUCUGUGUGCCACAGGUCCUGCUGACGUGUUUAAUAAUGUUUGACUUACAGUAAAGGAUACUUUAUAACAAUAUGUCAAUUUUUUGAGUUACUCUCUGGCAUGAUUGUUGACUUUAUAAAUUUCCCUUAACGCUGUAAGCAUUUUAUUUCCAUUUACUCACUUAUACAAGAUCACUGCUAGAUAAGGAAGUCACCCUGUUCCAUUAAGUAAUCUUGACCAGCAGUGGUCAGUGUGGUGUGUUUACUUGCUAUAAUUUAUUAUUAUUUUCAUAUCCAUAUUUUCUUCCCAACUGAAGCCAGUAUCUUUUUUUAUGACAUCUAAGGCUGAAUAAUAAUGCUGGAACAUGUAUAUGGCUUUCAGAGCCUAUCUACAGUUCUACAACUGAGAAGCAAAAGUUGGAAACUGUUCAUAUUUCUACUCUUUCUCCUUUUCCAAACCAAACAUUUAUAACUUUAUAACUGGUGCUUGUGUCAAACCAAAAUAAUGAAUUGACUGCCAUUGUAGUCAGAGUAGCAUUUGGAACUCGCAAGAGUACAAACAUACAGAAUGAUUGACGUUGAGGAUGAGCUGAUCCAUUUAUUUGCUAUGCAUGACUCGGCACAGUAAUUUUUCAAACCAAAACAAAACGUUAUAUAAUUCAUCAAAGGAGGAUGUACAAACUAUGGUGAGACGCAAACCCUGUAACAUAAACCUGUUUCGGGGUGCUGAAUAGGGUUUCGAUUGAGCAGGGCUUUCAUUCCAUCUUUUGUAAUGCAGUUAUAUAUAUGUCUUAUUUAUCCCUUGUGCACAACUGUUUUUUUUCCUUAUAAGUCAUAGUUCUAUGGCUUUUCUUAUAACAGAUUAAUUAAUGUCAGUUUACCCAAUGGGAUCAAGAGUGAUGACAUAGAAUGCCUCUUUACGGGAACUAAAUGGUAAUGUGACUCUGCAGGAAAUAAUGCAAAGAAUUCUGACUGAAAAAAAGACCGAAUUAAUGCAGUCAUCAGCAAUUUUGGAAUUGAAUCAUUUGAUGAAGGAAACAGUCUUUCAUCUUCGGUUUAAUUCCAGCAUUUUGGGAAAUUCUGUAAUGAGACUGAUUGAAAGUUUGCCAAAUCUAAAUAUAAAUCAUCUCAUAUUCAGGCGAUGUACCCCUGCUCAAUAGUACUUCUUCUUUUCCGUAUAGAUUUUCAGUUAUAUUAUUUGGUUUGGCUUUAAAAGAUUUAUUUCAAGGGUUUUCUUUCAUGCUUCAUAAAAUAUUAUUUACCAUGUAUUAUAAUCAGUAGUCUAUAUUGUGUCUUUGUGUGAUCGACUAUUGAAACAAAAAUGUGAGUUAGUGUCUAGUGAAUUCUCUUGUAUGUUAUUCAUCUGUUUGACAUCUCAGGCAAAUUCCACUAAGGUUUUAAGGGACCGGCAGGUAAAAUCCUGUGUGCCUUUGUGCAAAAAUAUUUUCCUUGAAGGACUCUGCUCAUGUAAAUUAUCAUACUGUUUCUUAGCAGGUAGGUUUCCGUCGAGUUCAUUCUCAGUUAGAUUCUCCAAUAAGUAUCUAUUUAGCCAGAUUUGUAUCUGGGCCUCAGUGUAGACACGUGUAAAUCCCUGUGCAGAUACAUUACUUUUCAGUUCUCUAAGCAGGUAGAUGACUAUAUGAGUGUCUUGGAAGGUAGGUUCCUCUUUUGUAUAUCUAAGCAAGUAACUUACUUAUGUUGGUAUAUCAGAACAGGUAGGUUUCACUUUUGAGUGUCUGAGUAGGUAAAUUCUCAUGUCGUAUGCUCUACAGGAGCAUUGUAAGACACAAUCUUACAAUGGUAAUUUGAAAACUAGUUAUGUGUCUAUGACUGAGAACCAGUCUUAUGAAAUUUUUUUUUUUACCUAAUUCAUUCAUUAUAGUAUCUGUCACCACACAAUAUAUGUGCGAAUACUUAUGCAGAACGUCUUCCCUGCAUCAUUAUUGACGCAACUUGGAGCACCCAUACUGGUUCUAAUGAUCAGCUGUGUCUUUCUUUUGUCAAUGGCUACUUUAAGCCUGCUCCAUAUUUCUUGUGUAACUCUUGGCAUAUGAGAAUGAAGCAAACCAGUAGAUAUUUACUUUUGGGUAUUUAAACCCACUCCGCUUCUAGCUGGCUGUCCUGUUCUGGUUCCUGCUGACCCAAUAGUGCAUUCCUAAAAUUUUCUGAUUUUGUGGUUUCACCUUGGCUUGUUUUCCGUUUUUCUGGAUAUUCGUGCUCCCAACCUUUGGCAUCUCUACAGGGAGUGCAGAAUUAUUAGGCAAGUUGUAUUUUUGAGGAUUAAUUUUAUUAUUGAACAACAACCAUGUUCUCAAUGAACCCAAAAACUCAUUAAUAUCAAAGCUGAAUAUUUUUGGAAGUAGUUUUUAGUUUGUUUUUAGUUUUAGCUAUGUUAGGGGGAUAUCUGUGUGUGCAGGUGACUAUUACUGUGCAUAAUUAUUAGGCAACUUAACAAAAAACAAAUAUAUACCCAUUUCAAUUAUUUAUUAUUACCAGUGAAACCAAUAUAACAUCUCAACAUUCACAAAUAUACAUUUCUGACAUUCAAAAACAAAAACAAAUCAGUGACCAAUAUAGCCACCUUUCUUUGCAAGGACACUCAAAAGCCUGCCAUCCAUGGAUUCUGUCAGUGUUUUGAUCUGUUCACCAUCAACAUUGCGUGCAGCAGCAACCACAGCCUCCCAGACACUGUUCAGAGAGGUGUACUGUUUUCCCUCCUUGUAAAUCUCACAUUUGAUGAUGGACCACAGGUUCUCAAUGGGGUUCAGAUCAGGUGAACAAGGAGGCCAUGUCAUUAGAUUUUCUUCUUUUAUACCCUUUCUUGCCAGCCACGCUGUGGAGUACUUGGACGCGUGUGAUGGAGCAUUGUCCUGCAUGAAAAUCAUGUUUUUCUUGAAGGAUGCAGACUUCUUCCUGUACCACUGCUUGAAGAAGGUGUCUUCCAGGAACUGGCAGUAGGACUGGGAGUUGAGCUUGACUCCACCCUCAACCCGAAAAGGCCCCACAAGCUCAUCUUUGAUGAUACCAGCCCAAACCAGUACUCCACCUCCACCUUGCUGGCGUCUGAGUCGGACUGGAGCUCUCUGCCCUUUACCAAUCCAGCCACGGGCCCAUCCAUCUGGCCCAUCAAGACUCACUCUCAUUUCAUCAGUCCAUAAAACCUUAGAAAAAUCAGUCUUGAGAUAUUUCUUGGCCCAGUCUUGACGUUUCAGCUUGUGUGUCUUGUUCAGUGGUGGUCGUCUUUCAGCCUUUCUUACCUUGGCCAUGUCUCUGAGUAUUGCACACCUUGUGCUUUUGGGCACUCCAGUGAUGUUGCAGCUCUGAAAUAUGGCCAAACUGGUGGCAAGUGGCAUCGUGGCAGCUGCACGCUUGACUUUUCUCAGUUCAUGGGCAGUUAUUUUGCGCCUUGGUUUUUCCACACGCUUCUUGCGACCCUGUUGACUAUUUUGAAUGAAACGCUUGAUUGUUCGAUGAUCACGCUUCAGAAGCUUUGCAAUUUUAAGAGUGCUGCAUCCCUCUGCAAGAUAUCUCACUAUUUUUAACUUUUCUGAGCCUGUCAAGUCCUUCUUUUGACCCAUUUUGCCAAAGGAAAGGAAGUUGCCUAAUAAUUAUGCACACCUGAUAUAGGGUGUUGAUGUCAUUAGACCACACCCCUUCUCAUUACAGAGAUGCACAUCACCUAAUAUGCUUAAUUGGUAGUAGGCUUUCGAGCCUAUACAGCUUGGAGUAAGACAACAUGCAUAAAGAGGACGAUGUGGUCAAAAUACUAAUUUGCCUAAUAAUUCUGCACUCCCUGUAUGGUGUUUGUCUUUUUCCCCUACCCUUGACCUUGGCUUCUUGUCUGACUAUCCUUUCUGUUAAGUCUGACCAAUGUAAGGACCGGUAGAAAGGACAUUUUUUGUGUGUGUUCCUAUGUAAAUUUUUGUUUGCGUGUUUGGAUCCCUACCUGCCAUGACAGUAUCACUAAGGUAGGCAGGCUUUAGAAGAACAAGACGUUUUUAAAGUAUAAUAGGUUUGUAAAGAAUCACAUUACCACAGGAAUAGCUUUUCAUCUAUACAUUUCUUUUGCUAAAUUGCUAGCAAAAAUGAAGCUAAUGCAUAACUGUAUGUAGUAGUUUUAAUAAUGUUUUAAAGGGACACCGCAGACACUUCAGCUUCAAGCAUUUUUAUAUAUGCAUUUGGGAGCGCCCCUAGCAAUGAAGCUGACAGCCAGGAUGGCUUCCUGAUUCUCUCUACUUGAACGAUUUGUUGUGAGAGCUUCCAUAUGAGAAGCUUCUAAUGGGUGAUCUCUGCAUUUGAUUGUUUCGGGCUACCUAAUGUCAAUUCUGUGCAUAUGUUAUGUCACUUGUCAAUGACAGAUGUUAAAAUCUUCUCCUUGAGGAUUUGCUUAGAUUGAGCCACAAAUAGCAUUAGUAUGGUUGGGUGUUAAUGUCGUCUGAUUAGGUCUAAAUAGCAAUCAGUUUUCCCAUUAAUCCCAAAGGUAUUCAGCGGGGUUAGGGUCAGGUCUGUGUUAAAUAACCAUUUCUGUACAGGCCAUGCUCUUUGUGUGAGAUCAUUGUUUUACUGAAUUUGAAAAAGACCUUCACAGACUAUUAAAAGCAUAGAAUGACCGAUGUUGUUUGCUGUUAAAUAUCACUCUACUGGUUAUUUUGCCUCUAACAAACAUUUCACUUGUCAUUUUGCAGUCAGGCAGAUAGCGUUCUCCUUGAGUCCUAAAAAUCUAGUUGGUAAAUAGAAAUUUUCACUCUAGAAAUAAUUUCCUCUGUUUUAAAAUGGUGGGUUUUACACCACUCUAGGGUACGCUUGACAUGAUUGAUGUAAAAACUGUGAACAGUUCUUGUGGGGACAUUCCAAGAAAUGACAGCUUACCUUUACAAUCUAAGCACUUUGUUGCUUUCCUGUCGUGUUCUGUCAGCUUGUGUGUCCUGACGUUGUAAGACUGCUAUUUUAUUCACUGAACCACAGUUUGCAAAUUUAUAUCAAAAUUGCCUAAAACAUUCUCAAAACUCUCACAUUUUCAUAUCUCAUCUCGAAUGGAAUAUUUCUUGUAAUUAGACUUACAUUAGCUGAGAAUAGACAAAAUUACUAUGACCUAUGACCAUAUAAGAAUGUCAUUUUAUUUGAUAACAACAUAUUUUAACAGAAUACAUUAACAUUACUCUCAUUUAAGUAUUUGUAUUGUGAUAUCUAAUAAAACUAAACCUUUUUUUCUGAUUUUGUACAUGAAAGAGACGGGUGGAAGGAAAUACUACACAUUUUUGUACAGGCAAGCCCCACUUUGGGUACGAUUUUCUUUAACGUUUGAUGUACAUGAAAGCUUCCGUAGAAAGUGACAAGCCUUAUUCUUGAUUUUAUUUCCUGCUCACAACAGCAGUAUGUCAAUUUUUCCUGAACUUUCCCACUGAAUUAACUUUCCACCUUUUCUUGAAGACUAUAGUGCAGACAUCCACAUUUUGUUCUAAAAAGAUAUAUUUAUAAAAUUAUAUUUUGCUAACUCUACCCCUAUGUUUAUUCUAGCUGUAUGUAUUUAGAUUUUAUAUAGUCUCUUACAAACUCUGUUUUGUCUAUUUUUGAACAGUCAAAAAUAAAUAAAAAAGGUUUUGGUAAAGUAAAUCCAUACUGUCUUGAAUGUUCUAUGCCUUUUCAUUUUUAAACUGGGACAUUUCGUUUCUUUAUAAAUGGCUCUAUAAGUUACCAUAACUACAAUUAUGAGACUCAUUGGCCUGAAUUUGCCUUCUUUGCGACCAAUUUUUUGGUGAUAAUUAAAAUCAUCAGUCGCCAAUUCCUGCUCUUAAAAUUCAAUUUCUCUUGUGAUUUGGAGGGUGUACAAAAAACAACAAUAUUUGACAUCCUUGGAAAUAAUAAGAAAAACCGGAAAAAAAACCCCCACACAAUUACGAUGCAGCAAAAUGAAACUGUUUAAAUAAAUUAUAAAAAUACAUCUAAAAGGGAGAAAUUUGUAUAAGGAGGCACUCGUUGUAGUCAGAUGGCUGUAGGCAGCUGUCUAUUUGCAAAUCCAGCCCUGGCCAUCCACAUAUUUUUCUCAUUAAAAUACUCAAUUGCCUCUUUAAACUGUCAACAUACACAUCAAGCAAUUAAAGCUGAGUUAAAAUAAUUUAUUUAGCUGAUUUCAAAAGUCUUCCAAACAAUUUGGCUGCCAAUCCGCCUGACAACUAACCCCUUGCUGUUGUGACUAGCGUUCUACUGGUAACCUUAAUGUUUAUGCUAGUUCCCAUGAUAGCAACACAAUGAGUAUAACUGUUACAUUUGAUGGAAAUUCCAAAUAUCCCAUGAUUUAAUGCAUGAGACUUGUGAAUGUAUGCUUAUACAGGGAAUCAUGGGAAAACGGUCUAUGGCACAUGUUUCACCUCUAGAGGAUGAAGGUGCAAACUGGAAAAUGGAGUAGAAGGAAUUUUGUUUUUACUUGGCUCCAAUAUGAUUUAACAGUCUCUUUAUACUACACUCUGAUGGGAUAUAAUUGUUUAUUUUACCUUUAAUGUAAGAUGAGAAAAAACGUUAUUCUUUAAAAAAAAUAAAAAAAUAAAAAUACUUUCGGCCUCUCUUUUUUUUUUGUAAUGCAUUUCAACAAUGCAUCCUAUGAUUCGACAAAGCAUUGCAGCAGUGUACACUAUGACAAUCCUGUGAUGACCCAGAUUGCAGUUUGCUAAAAUUUUCUGUGCAUUUAUAUCUCUGGUAUAGGCGUGUGCAAGACAUGGGCUGGCUCAAAUUAUCUUUUCGGUACCAGGGGUGGACCCAGAGCCUAAACUCGGCACGUGCACUGCUGGAUGUUGAGGCUGAUUUAAAAAAGUAGGCACAUACCUCCGAACACAGAUGUACACACUUACAAAUAUACAUACAAUAAAAAUACUUACAUUCACACCCAUAUCCAUACAUACACCCACAUGCAGACAGAUGCAACAAUUCAGAGAUAGUAAUGCAGUUUAAUACAUGCAACAUGACUUCAGGCAAUUAGGACAGUAGAUUGGUCGCUGAUUCAUAAAUGUCCAUGGCUUCAGAGGGGGAGCAAUUGCCCUGGUGUCCUCCCACCCACCUUCCAAUCCACCACUGCUCUGUAGGUAUCUGCAAACACUUUUGUCUGAGAUUGGGUUAACUUGUUCUAUUUUUGAAGAAAGAAAAAUAUGAUUAUCUCUGUAUACACCUGGUUAUCAUUGUGGCAAUAAAUGCAUAUAUGCACCUCAUUUUUAAAAUUAAGAUUUUUAAACAAAGUAAAAAGUAUACUAUAGUGCCAGGAAUACAAAGCUAUAAAGGGGUGAUCUCUUUUCCACAGGGAAGCACUAAAUUGGCUGAGAUUGUCAAUUCUGAUGAUCACAGCCAAGGAGGCAGGGUGGGGGAUGCCAAUCAGCAUCUCCUUAGAGAUGCAUCAAAUCAAUGCUCUCUAUGGGUAUAGUUCAGCAUGGCCACUGUUUACAUGAAAAUGUCUACAGGGACUGACUAUACUCACCAGAACAACUACAUUAAGCUGUAGUUCUGGUGCCUAGCUUAUAGUACCCCUUGAACUUGGCAUCAGCUUUAAGACACUGUAAUCUGCUAAAAUUUUCACACCUAAAUGUUGCAUUUAUUACACUUUGUGAUAUGCUGAUAUAAUAAUACAUAUCCUCCAAAGUUAUUACAAACUACAAGCAAUGGCCUUGAUUUAAUAUUAUUGCCUAAGCUUUUCAAAUGAUUUAAUGUUUGGAUAAACUUCUAAAAUGAUUUAAUAUUAUGAGAAAUAUUUUAAAUAUGUAAUCUUUUAAUACGUUGAUUUUUUUUAUAUAUAUAUAUAUAUAUAUAUAUAUAUAUAUUAUAUAUUUUUGUUAUUUUAAUAUGUUGAUUAAAAAAACUAUUUGAAAGAAUUAUCCAAAAUUAUUAAAUAAUUUGUAAAGCUAAUCCAACAAUACAAAAUCAAGGCCAAUAUCACAAACAAAUAAGAAAUACAAGUUAUUUUCGCAAGAAAGGUUAUAUUUUUUAUGUACUUAUGUACAAGUAGGGCACACAUAUUUUGCUCUACAAAACCACUAUGUACAGAUUUUCACGUGGUCACUAGUACCUGGUUACAAAUUGAACUCCUACAUUCUCUGCUAUAUUGUUGGUUUUCCCAAUACAUUUGUCCAAGAAUUAAAAGUAAUACAUAUUGCAGUAACUUUAUGCCUAUGGAAAAUCCCUUGGGUAGGCAUCACAGAGAUUGAAAUUCCGUAAGUCUCUGUAUCCAGGGAAAUAGCUGUCCACUUCCUUUUCCCUAAAUGAGAAUUCCUGAUUUCUUGUAUCAUCAUACAUCAUACACCACAGGCCCUGCAUGGUUGUUGCUUAAAUGGGCACCCCAGGUUGUAAUUGUAUGGUCAGACCCUGUGUGCAUGGACACUGAGGAAACCAGCCUCGAUUCUGUAUAAAAAUACAUAAACUUUUUAUUAUCAUGAAAGCAAAUGUUUGUUCAUGAAGACAUGUUUGUGUUUAUAAAAGAACCGUAAUGUUUGUAGGAUUUUAUACUGAAUCUAGGUGGGCUUCCUUAGAGCCCCACUCAAUGCGUGUUACACGGUUAUACUUGAAGGGGGGUAUACCUCCUGCCUGGUCUUUCGUUUGUGAAGAUUGCUAAUCGAGACAGGUAAACUCUGGACCAAAUAUUGCCAUUUCUGUGACAUCAUAUACACAGGUACAGAAAAUCACAAGAAGGGAAUUUUUAAAAUGUAAAUAUUUCUUGAAGUAUAAAUAUUGUAUGUGCUUUCUGGGCUACAGCUUUAAAGGGACACUCCAGGCACCAACACAACUUGUCUAGUUUUUUCCUAGUUAAAGGAACACUAUAGUCUCCUAAAUUACUUUAGCUAAAUAAAGCAGUUUUAGUGUAUAGAUCAUUCCCCUGCAAUUUCACUGCUCAAUUCACUGUCAUUUAGGAGUUAAAUCACUUUGUUUCUGUUUAUGCAGCCCUAGCCACACCUCCCCUGGCUAUGAUUGACAGAGCCUGCAUGAAAAAAAAACUGGUUUUACUUUCAAACAGAUGUACCGUAUUUAUCGGCGUAUAACACGCACCUCAUUUUAAGAAGGAAAUUUCAGGAAAAAAAAACCUUAAAUUUCACCCCCCUUAAUACUCCCCCCCCCUUCUUACCCUCCUUCUUACCCUCCCCCCUCCCCUCUUCUUACCCCCCUUACUCCUCCCUCUAGGAAGUGCACAUCAGGUGCGGAAGGCAGCUCAGCCACUACAGGAAACAGAAACUCCUGAACAGAAACCCCUUCCCGCCUGUUUCCUGUACCCGGUCGGACUCACAGGAAGGCACACUGAGCGUGCACCUUCCUACUCACGGACAGCAGAGCAGCUCGGCCACGCUACAGGGGAGGGGAGGUGAGAACCAACUGCAGCCGCCUGACCGCUCUUGACAGAGCGCUCAGGCGGUUGCAGCAUUUAAAGGGCUGGCGUAUAACACGCACCCAUAAUUUGCCCCCUAUUUUCAGGGAGAAAAAGUGCGUGUUAUACGCCGAUAAAUACGGUAAUUUACCUUAAAUAAUUGUAUCUCAAUCUCUAAAUUGAACUUUAAUCACAUACAGGAGGCUCUUGCAGGGUCUAGCAAGCUAUUAACAGCAGGGGAUAAGAAAAUCUUAAUUAAACAGAACUUGCAAUAAAGAAAGCCUAAAUAGGGCUCUCUUUACAGGAAGUGUUUAUAGAAGGCUGUGCAAGUCAUAUGCAGGGAGGUGUGACUAGGGUUCAUAAACAAAGGGAUUUAACUCCUAAAUGGCAGAGGAUUGAGCAGUGAGGCUGCAGGGGCAUGUUCUAUACACCAAAACUGCUUCAUUAAGCUAAAGUUGUUCAGGUGAAUAUAGUGUCCCUUUAAUUAUAACUACAGAGAUUUAAAAAGAUGCUGCCACUUAAAGCUCAUAACCCUCACUCAUAUAGGUCGCAGGAGAUGCCAUGUUGAGAUGGCGCACAACAUACAAAUCUCUGCCUCUCUUUAGAGCUCCUUUGGAGAUCUGUGUGAAAAAGCUAAUAUCAUGGCUGUUCAUAUACAGUAUCUCACAAAAGUGAGUACACUACUCACAUUUUUAUAAAUAUUUUAUUAUAUCUUUUCAUGUGACAACACUGAAGAAAUUACACUCUGCUACAAUGUAAAGUAGUAAGUGUACAGCCUCUAUAACAGUGUAAAUUUGCUGUCCCCUCAAAAUAACUCAACACACAGCCAUUAAUGUCUAAAUCGUUGGCAACAAAAUUGAGUACACCCCACAAGUGGAAAUUACCAAAUUGGUCCUGAAGUGUCAAUAUUUUGGGUGACCACCAUUAUUUUCCAGCACUGCCUUAACCCUUAUGGGCAUGGAGUUCACCAGAGCUUCACAGGAUGCCAGUGGAGUCCUCUUCCACUCCUCCAUGACAACAUCACGGAGAUGGUGGAUGUUAGAGACCUUGCGGUUCCCCACCUUCCGUUUGAGGAUGCCCCAUAAAUGCUUAAUAGGGUUUAGGUCUGGAGACAUGCUUGGCCAGUCCAUCUCCAUCUUUAGAAGAGGCUUCCUUCUGGGACGACAGCCAUGCAGACCAAUUUGAUGCAGUGUGCGGCGUAUGGUCUGUGCACUGACAGGCUGACCCCUCCCCCCCCUUCAAUCUCCGCAGCAAUGCUGGCAGCACUCAUACGUCUAUUUCCCAAAGACAAUCUCUGGAUAUGAUGCUGCGCACGUGCACUCAACUUCUUUGGUCGACCAUGGCGAGUCCUGUUCUGAGUGGAACCUGCCCUGUGAAACCGCUGUAUGGUCUUGCCCACUGUGCUGCAGCUCAGUUUCAGGGUCUUAGCAAUAUUCUUAUAGCCUAGGCCAUCUUUAUGUAGAGCAACAAUUAUUUUUUCAGAUCCUCAGAGAGUUCUUUGCCAUGAGGUGCCACGUUGAACUUCCAGUGACCAGUAUGAGCGAGUGUGAGAGCGAUAACACCAAAUUUAACACACCUGCUCCCCAUUCACACCUGAGACCUUGUAUCACUAAUGAGUCACAUGACACUGGGGAGGGAAAAUGGCUAAUUGGGCCCGAUUUGGACAUUUCCACUUGGGGGGGUACUCACUUUUGUUGCCAACGGUUUAGACAUUAAUGGCUGUGUGUUGAGUUAUUUUGAGAGACAUUAAUGUAGUCCAUUCAAGUAUGCAGUGUGUAAUUGCAUAUCAUUUAAACCGCUGCCGAGCAGGUAAUCUACUUCCUACCGGCAAGAGCUCACCACAAGAAGCUGUAAAUCCUGGGAAUUUACAGCAAACAUGGCAAUUUCAUAGUAUAGUUUUAUAAGUGUGACGUGCAGCACUUUAAAUGCAUUCUCCAAAAUAUGGAAUUCGGAUGAUGGUUGAUAGACAUUUAUGGUCUGUAAUGCAUAUUUUGAAAAAGUUCCCAUAAGUCAUUCCAUUUUGAAAAAGUGCAUAUCUUUUCUUAAUGUAUAUUUGUUACUGUAUUAUUUGCACAUGUUUUCAUUUACCAUCUAUAAUAAAGCGUUAAAUAAAUGGAGGAGGGGUGGGGGGUUCAAGGCUAAACUGGAGGUUCUAUUGAACAAUGUGGAAUCAUAGAGGUUUACGUAAAGUUAGGAUUACAAGAAAUUUAUUGAUUUGCAAUGAAUGGGGUUCCUGCACAUAUUAACACAUGAUUGCAAGGAUGGCAGUUUUGUAGAAUGCAAUCAAGAACAAGAAUAGUGCACAGUGAGAUAUUGAAAUAAGAAUCGUGACAGUUGCCCUAUCCCAUUAAUCUAUCUAAUAUCUACUUUUCUUCAUGUUUCUUUUCGUGCACAGAGCCUCCUUGGUUCUUUUGUGUCUUUUCUCUGUGAUUUCCCCCUCUCCCCCUGCAGCUUUUGUACAUUGCUUUUGAACAGCUAUGAAUAAUCUGCCAAAAAACAUUGGGAAAGCAGCCGUGAAUACCUUAUGCACAGUGCCAUUAUUGUAGACGGAGCCUUUGCCAGCUAAAACCAACUUGUAUUCCUGGCAUAACUUGACAGCUUUGCCAAACAAUAUAAAAUACUAAGAGGUUCAGCUCGCUCAAAUUUCUGGUACCCUUGUAUAUAGAAAUGAUCAGUGAAUGUACAUAAAAUUACGAAUCUCUAAGGCUCAGUCAAAUCUAAAAAUUUUACUAUUAAUAUAAUUUUCCGUCUCAUCUAAAGAAGUUACUUGCCAAUGCAAUGCAAAGCAUAGAAAUAUUAAAGUUAUGUUUUUUUCAGUACUUCAUCAGAAAUCUCAGAAUUGCACACCUAUUAAAAAAAUAAAUAUUUUAAAAAAGGGUGUAUAAGGUGGUGUUCAUUAGCUGGGCACUGUAUCACCUUUACAGGCACCCGCAGCAUUCACCCAACGUAUGGCUACUUUGGAAGUUAAAUGUCCACAUUAGCAGGGUCAAUGCCCUCCAAAUUUGGAUAAAGUUGACAUUGCCAAUAUAGAAGGCUGGUGGAUGGUUAAAACAACUUUAAACAUUUGUUCAUGUAAAGAGACUGAGAGUAUACUUCCAUUCCAGAUUCAGUGUUUUAAAGAUCUCAGAAACAGCUGGUAGUUUCCUGUUUUGUUACAUGGUUUAUUUUUUCUUUCUCUUUAUUUGCUGUAGCAAAGUAUUUUCCCUUUGCAGAAACAGUUGAAUUAAUUGGAAGUAUGUUUAUUUGUGGAUUGUUCACCAAGUGUUUCUUUUUCCUUUCCCCGCCAUGUUUUGUUAUUAAUUCUCAUGGGAAAGAAAACACUUGUAUGCCUCAUUUGUAUUCAUGUAUUUGUUCACUUGAUAUUUUGUGUAUAUUUGGGUGAAAAAAAAUCUGCUAAUUACAAUGAUUUUACUUCAUUGUGACAAUAUUUAGAAAUGUGUACACAUACUUUAGAGUACAGUGAUUUAAAGGGACUGUCCAGACAUCAUCACCUGCCUCCAUGCACAAAGUGUCUUAGGACUAGUGACUAGUAGAAAUCAGAGAAAAGCAAUGCUAGUCAGUGAGUGGAUGAAUUUUAGAGUUUUAUAAAGAAGCCAGUGCAACAACUAUAGCUCAGUUUUUUGCGAAAGUGUGACUGGCAGAAGCAAUUUCAUUCAUGUGUUUGCAUGUAUGAACAUGUGUGUUAUACUUUUUCUGUGUCAGGGUGCAUUAUAGAUCCUAUACUAAUGCCGUAAUAUAAUAUAGGUCAUAUUUCGGCAUAUAGGAACAUGGGGUUAUAAGGGAAAUGCUGAGACUGUUCAAUUACCUAAGUAACAGCAGAAGGAACAGAUUGCAUCUGGCAUCAAUACAUAGGAGCCAACCUCUGCGAUUCAAUAAGCACAAUGUUUGUAAUGAAGUGUUUGGUGGAGAACACAUCAGAACCCAGCUGUACAUUAUUAUUAUUAUGGCGUUGUAUCUAUGAGUAGCUGGGUUACUACUACCUAGGUUGUCCUCUUCCCUUGUGCAGAAGUUCCAGAGUGAUUAUGCUCUCUUGCAGAGAGUACCGCCGUCUCACCCAAGCACAAGUCGAGACUUCAUGAAGGGUGAAAAUAAACUGAUUUUAUUGAGAAAAGGCACAGGAUUAUAUACCCAGACCCCCAACAUGGUUUUUCCAUUCAAUACAACCUAAGCCCGCCCAGGCGCCACUGUGUCUGGGAGAUAACUGAGUAAGCGCUAGGGUAAACUAAUUAUCUCCCGGAAACCGAGAGCACAAGGCAAAAUAACCCUAAAACAUACAUAAAAUAACAGUGUACCCCCACAUACUAUAAAUCCCUAGAAAGGUCUCUCUGGAGCCAAGUUCAGCGAAACGCAUCUAGCCUCUGAUCCUACGCAGAGUUCCAGAGUCCUGGGUAGUGUUCCCAGUCAACUAAAAACACAGUGCUUAUGGUGGGUACAUGGAGCUCCCACAAGUCCUUGGUGUCAUUCAGUGCCUCGCCACCCCAUCUGUUAACUCUCUAAAAAACACCCUGACUACUGGUCCUGGGUCCGAGAGCACUCUAGUUGAAGUUUUAGCGUACCGUGGCAACUCUGCAAUCCACUUUAGGGUUCCAGGAAAGUUCAGGGUUGCAAAAAUAACAAACAGUAUAAUAGACAUUCCCUCUAAUAUCACCAACACACCGGUUCAACUCCCAAAUCACUGUAUUAAUUUUUUACAUAAAAACAAACAUAGUGUAAAAUCAUUUACAAUGGGUAUAAAGAAUAGAAUACUCAAAUCACUCACAAACAAAUAGCCACUAAAGUGACUGAAGAAGCACUUAAAUAGAUUCUGAAGACCAACUUAAAUGGUGAGAGUAAUGUCCUGGAGGCACCUCUCUACCCUGCUUCAGGUCUGGAUCCAGGCCGAAAGUGUAGUUCCUCCCUGGUGAGGAACAUUCCCAAGCCGAAAUUCAGGAGCUCAGUGUCUGACCUGUUUCGUCUGAUAUAGACUUUGUCAAGGAGAGCUUGUUAGUUCAGCGUUGCCCCCAGUCAGGCACAGGUGACUGGUAAAAGGUGAUUCCGGAGCCGCCAGCAGGGGGGGGGGGUGGGCUUGAGGGUUAGUCCAUAGUUAUUAUAGAAACAUAGAAACAUAGAAUGUGACGGCAGAUAAGAACCAUUCGGCCCAUCUAGUCUGCCCAAUUUUCUAAAUACUUUCAUUAGUCCCUAGCCUUAUCUUAUAGUUAGGAUAGCCUUAUGCCUAUCCCAUGCAUGCUUAAACUCCUUUACUGUGUUAACCUCUACCACUUCAGCUGGAAGGCUAUUCCAUGCAUCCACUACCCUCUCAGUAAAGUAAUACUUCCUGAUAUUAUUUUUAAACCUUUGUCCCUCUAAUUUAAGACUAUGUCCUCUUGUUGUGGUAGUUUUUCUUCUUUUAAAUAUAGUCUCCUCCUUUACUGUGUUGAUUCCCUUUAUAUAUUUAAAUGUUUCUAUCAUAUCCCCCCUGUCUCGUCUUUCCUCCAAGCUAUACAUGUUAAGAUCCUUUAACCUUUCCUGGUAAGUUUUAUCCCGCAAUCCAUGAACCAGUUUAGUAGCCCUUCUCUGAACCCUCUCUAAGGUAUCAAUAUCCUUCUGAAGAUACGGUCUCCAGUACUGUGUACAAUACUCCAAGUGAGGUCUCACCAGUGUUCUGUAUAAUGGCAUGAGCACUUCACUCUUUCUACUGCUAAUACCUCUCCCUAUACAACCAAGCAUUCUGCUAGCAUUUCCUGCUGCUCUAUUACAUUGUUUGCCUACCUUUAAGUCAUCGGAAAUAAUCACCCCUAAAUCCCUAUAGUCUUGUGAGAGAUGGGUGGGAGUGGGGGAGGCAUGUACCCGGCUUAGGCGAGAAGAAGGUCUGUCCCAAUUAUCAUGAGUGAAGUAGUGAUGGAGCAUUAGAGCGGUACUGUCGCCGCCCCACCCGUCUCCCCAAAUAAGUAUUUCAUAAACAUGGAAUCUUUAUGAAAUGCUGAUAUUGACUGUGUUUGAAUUUCAGUGACAUUCCAACUCAGUCAAAAGAUAUACUAAGACAAAGUAGAGGCUACAUUGUCUCAAUAUUUUUUCCCCAGAUAGAGACAGGGCCUCUUUAAGGAGCCCAGAAUUAAUUCUCUUGGUACUCUUGUAGUAGUAUUAACCAUUGCUCCUUGAUGCUCAUCUCAUUCAGCCACCUGAUAGGAAUUGGGAGCUGUGGGGGCCCCAGUAUUCCAAAGUUCCUAUGUUAAGUUUAAAUAAAUGUAAAAAACAGGAAUAAGUGCUAUCUAUCUAUAAAUAAGCUGCAAUUCACCAACAAGGUGUUCCCCUAACCUUGUGAAAAAACAAAACAGGUAUAUAAAAUAAAAAGGUGAACAGCGCUGACCUUAUAUAAAAAUAUAUACGUUACAUACGUGGUAGAUGGUAUUUGACAAUGAUAUGGCUUAAACAAAGCAAAAAAAUAAUAAUAGUGCAAUAUGUAAUAACAGUGAAAUAAAAGCAAAAGGAGUAUAUGAUCCAAACUCACACUUUAAAGAGCUAUAUCAGCUCAGUUUAGAAGGACCUGGACGGAAUAAUCCCCGUCUGUGGAUUUCUUAAUGUGAGAUCUUCCUGGUAGAUUUAUAGAGAUGGACUUGCACAAUAUAUGAAACAGGAAAGAAAAGAAACACUAAUAGUGUAAAUAGUACAUGUAGGUAUAUUGUAGAUAAAGAUGAUCCUACUUACAUAUACUAGAGCAAUAGACCUGCUCUAGUGUAAACAGCUUCAGGUGGAACAAUCCCCACCUAGGGAUAUAGAGGACCCAAAAGUAGCAGCAGCAAAAUGAAAUAGGAAGUAGGACUUAUAGAGACUGGGUUUACAUGGAGUAUAUAUACUUUAAUUAAUAAAAUAAAAAGUGAAAAAACGAAUAUACAUAUAAUAAUAAAAUACCAGUCUGAAUAAAAGUCAAAGUCUCAAUAUUACAUAUUGCACUAUUAUUAUUUUUUUGCUUUGUUUAAGCCAUAUCAUUGUCAAGUACCAUCUACCACGUAUGUAACGUAUAUAUUUUUAUAUAAGGUCAGCGCUGUUCACCUUUUUAUUUUCUAUUAAGUUUAAAUAAAGCUGCCAGAUUCAGUUCAGUUUGGUAGAGACUUAGUUUCUGAGUUAGUAUGCAAUCCUGCUGAAAAGCUGAGUUAUUUCAGUAGGAAUUGACUUGACACAGGAGUUAAUGGCGUUAUCAAACAGCAAUCACAAUGGAGUUCUGUCUGCUGAGUUUCCUGACUUCCGCACCUGAAACUCAGGGUUUAGCGAAUAAAGCUCUCUCUGCAACAGUAGAAAGGCAGAGGUUUGCUUUACUGGAUCCUAAAAAUAAUGUCAAUUGUGUAAUAGUUCAACGAACUUUGAAACAUAUGCUUUUUAAUUCAAAUUAUUGACUUCAUAUCUCAGUGGAAUGAUCUGUUGAAAAGAGGACAUUCAGAGAUCAUAGUGUAGAGAACCAAUGAGGUAUCUUGAUUCAACUUCAUGUAACUGAGUGUUUUACACAGUGGAAAACUGUUCUAUCAGGUUACAUUUAACUUCUUUCUUGAAAUAGCAUUUUGCCCGAGGGUUACAGUAGAAAAAAGACAAAGAACACAUAUCUCUGUGGAUAGCUUUGAAGAACACAACUUAACGUACAGCUUCCAAGCCAUUUAAUUUAAUAAAGCAUUUUAUGCAUGGUGAUAAAAAUUGGUUUCAUUAGGCCAUUAACAGACAAAGUGAUUUUGUUUUGCUAAAACUAAUUAAGAUCCUCAAUUUUAAUAAUUUAAAAUAAUUUAAUAAAUUAUCUAACUGCAAUGGUCACUAUUAAAGUCUGUGGGAAUGUUUGAAGACAAAUCAUUUGAAAAGUUGUCGCAACAGAAUGAAUUGUUUGGAAAGCCUAGUAAAUAGAGGAAUAAAUUCAGAUUGCAAAAUUGAGGUCUCCCUGGAAAAAAUCCUCAACCUGGCUCUAGUCAAAGUUUGGCUAUUUUAGCCUCAGUUUUGGAAAUUAGAUUUAAUUUGCUAAAAUUCAAAGUAUAGUGAAUAACACUGAGAGUUAUCAUCAAGUGUCAGACUCUGGAAACCUCCUGCUCAGAACAUUUAGAGGCAACUAGUGCUUCUCCUUCACGUAUAUUGUGGUCAAAAAGAAUAUUUUAUUGUUCCUACAUAGACCCUGUUCUUGAUAAGGUUGGAAUUGGUCAACGAAUAGAAAAUAAAAUAUGAACUUAUUGGAGUAUGUUACAGGAUUACUAUAGUUUCAGGAACAUGAACAUGUAUUCCUGACCCUCUAGUGAAAACCUACCAUUUAGGUGACUUGCUCCCCCCUCCCCCCUUUGGCCCUCUUAGGAUGGGUUAAAACUCACCUUUUUCAGCUCUCCACGGGUAUGCCGGCGCUGACCCCACUACCCUGGUGACAUCAUUCCCAUGAAGCAUUGGAUUGGCUAAAAAUCGGCAAUUUUGAUGGGCCAGCGCCGACGGACCCAUGGAGAGCUGAAAAUAAGGUGAGUUUUAACCCAUUCUAAGGGGACUGGGUGGGGUGGAAGCCACCUAAAAUCUGCAAGUGGGGGAGGCCAAACACGCCGUCAUCGGCUGAAUGCGCAUGCGCCGCAAGAGCGGCGUGCGCAUUCAGUCAGUCCAUAGGAAAGCAUUCUCAAUGCUUUCCUAUGGACGCUGGCGUCUUCUCACUGUGAAAAUCACAGUGAGAAGUGCGGAAGCGCCUCUAGCGGCUGUCAAUGAGACCGCCACCAGAGGCUGGAUUAACCCUAAUGUAAACAUAGCAGUUUCUUUGAAACUGCUAUGUUUACCGCAAAAAGGGUUAAACCUAGAUGGACACCAAGACCACUUCAUUAAGCUGAAGUGGUCUGUGUGCCUAUAGUGGUCCUUUAAAGAGCUACGAGUGGAAACACGUAAACCUCUUUUUUUCCAAAGGACACUAUAAUCACCAAAACAACAUUAACUUAAUGAAGCAGUUUUUGUGUAUAGAUUAUACCACUGAAGUCAAAGGCUCAACUGACUGCCAUUUAGGCGUUAAAUCACUUUGUUUCUGUUUAUGCAGCCCUAGCCACACCUCCCCUGGCUAUGAUUGACACAAUUUGCAUGAAAAAAAUGGUUUAAUUUCCAUCAGAUGUUACUUUUGAAAGUUUUAAUCUCCCAUACCGGAGGCUCUUGCAGAGUCUAGCAAGCUAAUGACAGAGCAGGAGCAAUUGUCAGAGUCCCUCAUUUGUAAGCAUAAGGAUUCUAGCUAGAACCCACGCUGCUUAUUAUUAAUAGAAGAAUACAAUUGAACUAAUUAACGUUGAUAACUAUUUGGGAAAAAUAAAAGUAUUUCAGGUUACAAAACAUCUUGAUCACGGGGUGAUUUAAAAAUGUAAUUAACUUAUUAAAACCUCAAAAUUUGAAGCCUGUCAAAAAAUAUAAAAUAUAUAAUUAAAUGUGUAAAUGUACUGAUAUAUGUCUGACUGAAAAAGAUUCAAAAGCCACCAAAAUCAGAUAUCCUAUCUUGAAAACAAUGUUACAACAUUCUUCCUCCACAUCUGAACUGAACAGAUAUCUGUAUUCUUCUUAAGUACUUGUUUUAUGUUAUGAACAUCUACUCUUACUACUAAAUAUAAUUGUGAUAAUCUACAAAAUGAUUUAGAAUAAUGUAUCCCAAGUGUUACUAUGUAUGGAAAGGCUAUAGUGUGCUCUGGUUAUUGGCAAUUUUUAAAUGACUACCCCAUUUCAAUGUUAAGAUCCUGGUUAGUGUUGUCGAAUUAUGGUUUCCUGGCCGGUUUGUUUAACAUUUACACUAACCCUUCACAGGUUCUCUGUUCAUCUGCCACAGUAGAGGUUUUCUUACAAACCUUUCUGGAAACCAGAAGUCGAUAACACUUGCCUAGAUUAUAAAACUGCAACUGUGUCCCAUGAUCACUUCUUCUGGUGGCUUGCCUCCCUUCCAAGACAACCUGAUGGGUAGUAUCAAUGACUUCUUGACAUUGGUUCACUGAUAAGGUUCCUUUUAUAGUGGACUGGCAGCCCCAAAACUGCUAUUUUAGUGACAGGCAGUGAAGGUGAAUCAUGCAGGUAGCCCAUGGGAACACCUGAUAAUGAGGAUAUCACAUCUAUAAUGUGCUGUCUAGUGAGAUUAUCAUUAUUUCACCUGAGUCCAGUGGUACAAGGUCUUCCUUUCGUCUUAUAGGGUUCUGUCUGCUUUUUUAAAGUCUCUUUUAAUUUCAUAUAAUUAUUCCAGACACAGAUUCAGGAUUCCGCACCUGGAACUAGCAGGAGCACAAUCUGAGAAAGAGGGAUACAGAUGGGUCUAUCUAUUUAUUUAUUUUCUUUUAUUCUUGAUACACUAGCAUGUGUGUGGAAGAUAUGAUUUUUUUUUCCACUGUGUGGUCCCAGGUUCAACUGCUGUUAACAUGAAAUCCUAUAUUAUUAUAGCAGCAACAAUUGGCAGUUAAAUUAACAAAAUAUUUAAAUGGAUAUACUUUUUUUUUGUUCCAAAAAAGUCUUUAUACUAUUUCAUGAGAUAAAGGGAUGUCUAAGAUAGACUAAUACUAACAAAGGAUUGUUAACAGUAUUACUUUACUGAGAGGGUAGUGGAUGCAUGGAAUAGCCUACACAGUAAAGGAGUUUAAGCAUGCUUGGGAUAGGCAUAAGGCUAUCCUAACUAUAAGAUAAGGCCAGGGACUAAUGAAAGUAUUUAGAAAAUUGGGCAGACUAGAUGGGCCAAAUGGUUCAUAUCUGCCGUCACAUUCUAUGUUUCUAUGUAACAGGUUUAGCUGUGAUGGUGUUAGAUCAGAAGUAACCAUGUUAGCAGGAGGGAGCCUUAUUUUCCCCUCCUUUUUAGGGUCGUUUGGAUGCAUCAUUGACAACCAUGUCAACAGGAUACUGGCUGGGUUUUUCUUUGUUUCUUUCAGGAAUAGUGCUGCUACCCCAGUAAAUAGUGCUGAUAGGUGACAGUGUGCUUUUAACUGUUUCAUAACUAGGUUGUCUUUCUCUUUAGUGUCUCAAAUUGCAACUGACAAAAUAUACACAGACAAUAUCUACAGCUAUGUAACUCAUUUUAAAGAAAAUCCCUUACUAGGGUAAGUACUUCUUUAGUAGUUAUAUAGCAGGGGGUUUAGAUUGCUUAGAAAAGAUGAGGGGUAAUUUAAAGUUGGUAAAGGAUUCUUUUUGUGAGUACCCAUCAGCAUCCCUUAUCCAGGCUGGCCACAUUGUGCUGCUCAGAAUGGGUUCACUGAACCUGGAAAUCUGAAUUGACUUGUGUUGGAGGCCCCCAUCCCUCUGGCUGCUCUGAGUUUCCAUGGAAGAAAGCUACUUCUUUUCACCCGUUUCUAGGGCAACCCCUGGGAGCCGAGCAUCUGAAAACAAUUUGGCAGAGGUGAGGAUGGGUCUGCGAAUCGGUGGGAAAGAUCAUGAAGGAAAUAAAGGCAUUCUCCUUCCUCUCCCCCCUUGGCAGACUUUUAAAGAACACUUUAAGGGGACCGCUUUGAAGCUUGGUGUGUGCUAGAUUUGCAGAACGUAAUCGUACAGUGCAGAACACAGGCACUCCAUACUGAUUAAAUCACGUUUUAGAUUAUUAUUCUGCUCCAAUUUAAACUCUACAUUGCAAGCAGAAAAGUGAAUGUUUAAUUACAUGUGGAAUAUCCAAAACGAUAAAAUACUAAUAAUCAUUUGAAGUGUAGUUGUAAAGAUAAACCAACUUAACUAUCAUAUUCAAACCUCAUGUGCUGGUAUUGACAUGGAAUAUUGUAUAGAAUACAUAUCCUUCCUUUUCCUCCUUAAUCUUCAGGGUUGAUAUGUUUUUGAAUUUGUGCUAUUUAAAAAAACUGGGGGUAGGGGGGUUACCGCUUAAAGAUGCAUAUCUGAACAAUAGUACUGCUGUAAAGAUUUACAUUUAUACACAAGGGUAAAGUGCAUACAAAUAUUGUGGUGGCUCACAAACAUUUGCUAGCAACCCAACCACUGGGCAGAUAGUUUGGAUUUUUAAAAUACUGGGCCUGGAUUAAACGAAUCGGAUCCAUUUUGAUCCAGAUUUGAUCAGGCAGAAAUCCUGUCAAUAUUUUGGUUCAUUCAAAGCCUUAUUUGUAAUAUUCGGACAUUUUUUAUAGUGUCAACAAUUUCCAGAUGUUGUUGUCCAAAUGCCCUAACAGAUGGGAGUUAUUGUGGGGAUGCUGUUUGUAGGAUUGUGCGUCAGUGAAUGGGACUGUUUGCAGUGUAGUGGGUGUAUAAGUAGAUGGCUGUUAGUGGAGUAGUUUGUUUAUGUUUGUGAGGGCAUAGGGGGUGAAUGCAUGUGGGGUUAAGCAUGUGGGGGUAUAGGGCAGUGAAACAUGUGGGAGUAUGGGAAGGGGAAGCAUGUGGAGGUGUAGGGGGGUGUUAUGAGAGGGUGAAGCAUGUGGGGGUGUAGGGUGGUAAAACUUGGGGUAAAUGGGAAGCUGUAAAAUGUUAAGGUACGGGGGAAUGUAGAAUGUGGGGGUAUUGGGUAAUGAGGCAUGUGUGGGGGAUUCUAAUUCUAAUAUUAAUUAGAAAAGUACCUCCUACAUGUGUUUAACUCUUUGAGGGCUGGCGAUCUGUGCAGUGGGUUCAUAAGAUCUGAAUAAUUUGUUCUUGUUUAAGUAGACAUAUAUAAUUCUUUGUUUGGUUUCCAAUGUACCCUUCAAAAUCCAUGCGGAGGGGAAUUCUGGCAGCACAUUCUGCCCUUUCGCUAUGACAGGUUGACAUUGAGAAGCUUUUUUUCUGCCCUGUGUGUUCUGCCAGAGUCAUUAGCACGCAGAGAUGGUGUGUGCCCAUUGGCAGACUUUGUGAAUGGGCUUCAUUCAUCCUUUGCUGGCCAUUAUACUCUUGGUCUCUCGGGAGCCUUGGUUCUUCUGUUCUACCAGGCUGUGCCCAUAUCACUGUGUUGCCUGAGAACCUUCCUAAGUGAAACCAUUCCUUUGUGCAAUUGCACCCUAUUUGAGACCUCUAUCUAAGCAAAGAUAAAUGCUGAUAUAUGUGUACUGAUUAGAUUAUGUUUGUUUAGUGUAUCACAGAUGCCCCUAAACUGGAAGUGGAAACCACAUUGGUUUCAUGAUGGUCGUACCUUCUGUAAGAGUGUUUAUCAAAAUUAAUCCAUUCUGAAAUUUGAAACCAAAAUUCACAUUUGCAUAAUCAAUUCCACCUUUUGUGGUUUUAGCUAAUUUGAGUGUCAGUGUAGUUGUAGGUUUAUCAAAGAUAAAAGUAAUAGGACUUCAUUUGCAUUCAGAACUGAUAUUGAAAUAAAGUAUACAAUACAGUUUUUUAGUUUGUUGGUAUUUAUUGUAAGCACGCAUUAGCCACCUACUUUCUACCUUGUCCCACCUGUACCCUGUCUGUGGCAUAAAUUGCAUUAUUUAGGUCUGAGUUUUAUCCCUAGUGGUGCAUAGCAUGCCAUUUAGAUUGAUUCUAUUUGUAAUGUGUUUUGAGGUCACCACAAGCUGCGUUUUGCUGCAUUAAUGGGUAUACAAUUAGAAAGUUGCAAUUUGCGGCAGUAUGGUAAAAUGUGAUAACAUAGCAGAAGUCCCAGCUAGCUAGUUGAAUAUGUGAAUAAAGAUAGCAGGUAUAUAUAUGUAUAUUUUAUUUAUUUAUUUUAAUUUUAAAUUAUUUUGUUUCCCUCAAUUUUAUCUGUUUUUGCCUGGUGACAAAUAACAUGAAUGACCCUGUGUAAAGUUUUUUUUUUUUUAAUUUUACAUUACUUUACAUUAGUAUUGGCAUACUAAUGACUGUCUCAUUUCCAUAGGGAUGUCACAUCACGGAGGAUAUUCCCAUAAUGCACUACUCUAUGCUCUAAGAAACUGUGGCAUCCGCCACAUUGACACAGCCAAGAGAUAUGGCAAUGAAGCAUUUGUUGGAAAAGCUAUUGCUGAAAGUGGUGUGAAUAGAGAGGAGCUCUGGAUUACCACCAAACUAUGGCCAGGAGACUAUGGGUAUCAAAAUACAAUACAAGCAUGUCUGGACUCAUGUGAAAGGCUUGGACUAGAAUAUUUAGGUAAGUGAUGACAAUCUCCUAAAAAAGUUUUAAUCGGCAGGACAGAAUAUAACAUUUUUUAUAAUUCCCCUGUUCCUCUUUUAUGCUAAUUGGUGUAACGCUUUCCAGUCAUUUUUACCAUUGUAUAGUUAAAUAUUUAACACCUUUAUAAAGUGAGCGCUCAAAAAGCUGAUGGUCCUAGGUUUUUGCUUGUUUUAAAUUUCUUAAACCUGCUGCAGAUGGUAGGGGGCUGUUAGGCACCCUCCUUUUCAUACUUCUUUCUCAUUGAAAGUGUUUAGUUAUUUAUAUAUUCCCAGAUUUAGCAAAGCAGUCCUGAUUUGGGUCAUUGUUCAUCAGAGAAAAUCACAAAAUAUGCAUUCCUAUGCAAGGUAAUGACGGGCAUUAGUUGGUUUGCAAGGCCACCUGAUGCGGAACACGUGCACAUCAGCUUGUUAUGUCUCUUUUAAAGAAUACCUAUUCCUUACUUUGCUAGAGUUUCACAUUGUGUCACCGGAUCACCACCACCCACUCCAAUCCUUAUUUAAUGUAAAAAAUUAAUUUAAUAUGAAAUUGGUACAGGAGACCUAAUUGGGGCCUUCUUGUUUCUAUUAACCCCUUAAGGACACAUGACAGAAAUAUUCCAUCAUGAUUCCCUUUUAUUCCAGAAGUUGUGUCUCUUUUAGGUUUGCAGCAUUUCGGUUUGUUCAGUGUUGCUCCUCUUGGCAUGUACAAAUGUUCUUGAUAGAGGUCAGCAUCACCUAGCUUGCUAAAACUCUUUUUAGUUGGGUUUCUUAAGUGGGUCACAUAGAGUAAGUGCUUGCAAUUGUAACACACUUUUACUCUACACCUGGCUCCUAACUGUGACACUCUAAAUCCUUUAAUGAUUAAAUGGAGAACCUACAAGCUAAUAAAAUGACACUUCUAAAAAGGAAUCCUACAAAGAGUUUUUAGUAAUUAUUAUGUAUGUCUGUGGAUUCUAACAACCCUGAUAUUAUGUAGUUAUAUGUCAACCUUUCAUCCUUUCUGGUGGUGAGGCAGGCAUACUUGUAUGAAUUGAGAGCACGCUGUCCCAUAGAAUUAGUGGUAGAAUAUGCUUUGCUUUUAGACCCACCGAUUAGUAUUUUAUAAGAAAGAUAAUUCAUGUGCUGAAGAUUUAAAGGAACACUCGAAGCACCAUAACCCGCUAUAGUGCCCCCCCCCCACACCAUUGUAAGUAGUGAAACUAUUUUUGAACCGUUUGAUACCUUUCCUGGUGACGGCUGGAUGCUGCUGCCUUCCUCCACUGUUAACGCUGGAGAGCCAGAAGCUUUUAAGCAGAAGCUUGCAUUACCUUUUUUGGGCUAAGCUGUCAGGAUCGGUGGAACAUAAAUGUAAAGACAAUAGAUACACUUUCCAUAUACUGGUCCUUAGAGUGGCUGUGUUAACUAAUCAGAGAGAAUUUUGAGAUCAAGGACAGGAGAGAUACGGAUAAACGGUAUAACAAACCAAGUCAUAGUAUUAAAGAGAUCAGGAGAAAAGGUAACUCAGUCAAAUCAGAUACCAGGAAAAGGGAUACACAAGGAACACAUUCUUGGACUACUAGAAUCACAAAAAGGAGUGGUAGAGGUAAGUAUAAAUAGGCAUGGCUUCAUUUCUGUUGGACCAUCAGGGCCGCCAUCAGGGCAUGACAACCGUGACAAUUGUCAUGGGCCCGGUAGCCCUGGGGGGCCCGGCCGCCCGGGCCCCACGUGGAUCAGCGGAACUGCCACCGGUGCAUCUGCACCGGGGCCCACACGCUGAUGGGGCCCAUCAGGUGGCCCAAGCAUUUAGGGCCACCCAAUGGGCCCUAUUAUCUUCAGGGGCUUGAUCAGCGCUGUAAUAGCGCGACCGGGCCCCUUUAAAAAAAAAAAUGCAGCCGGAAGCAAGUGCUGCUGGGAGGAAGUGAUGUCCGGUCACUUCUUCCCACUUUACUCCGCACGGGAAGGAGGACGCAGCCUGAGGAGAGGCAGCCGACGCCCAUCAUCCCCAGCCACCCUCCUGCAACGAAAUGGUAAGGAAGAGAGGAGGGUGGCCGGGGAUGAGGUGUGUGUAUGUAUGUCAGUGUGUGUAUGUAUGUCAGUGUGUGUAUGUAUGCCAGUGUGUGUGUGUAUGCCAGUGUAUGUAUGCCAGUGUAUGUAUGCCAGUGUAUGAAUGCCAGUGUAUGUGUGUAUGCCAGUGUGUGUGUGUAUGCCAGUGUAUGUAUGUAUGUCAGUGUAUGUGUGUAUGUAUGCCAGUGCAUGUGUGUAUGCCAGUGUAUGUAUGCCAGUGUAUGUAUGCCAGUGUGUGUGUGUGUAUGCCAGUGCAUGUGUGUAUGCCAGUGUAUGUAUGCCAGUAUAUGUGUGUAUGCCAGUGUGUGUAUGCCAGUGUAUGUAUGCCAGUGUAUAUAUGCCAGUGUGUGUAUGUAUACCAGUGUAUGUAUGCCAGUGUAUGUGUGUAUGCCAGUGUAUGUAUGUAUGUCAGUGUAUGUGUGUAUGUAUGCCAGUGCAUGUGUGUAUGCCAGUGUAUGUAUGCCAGUGUAUGUGUGUAUGCCAGUGUGUGUGUAUGCCAGUGUAUGUAUGCCAGUGUAUGUAUGCCAGUGUGUGUAUGUAUACCAGUGUAUGUAUACCAGUGUAUGUGUGUAUGCCAGUGUGUGUAUGCCAGUGUAUGUAUGUAUGUCAGUGUAUGUGUGUAUGUAUGCCAGUGCAUGUGUGUAUGCCAGUGUAUGUAUGCCAGUGUAUGUGUCUAUUUAUGCCAGUGCAUGUGUGUAUGCCAGUGUAUGUGUGUAUGUAUGCCAGUGCAUGUAUGCCAGUGUGUGUGUAUGCCAGUGCAUGUAUGCCAGUGUAUGUGUGUAUGUAUGCCAGUGUAUGUAUGCCAGUGUAUGCGUGUAUGUAUAUGCCAGUGUGUGUCUGUAUGUAUGCAUGCCUGUGUGUGUCUGUAUGUAUGUAUGCCUGUCAGUAUGUAUGUAUAUAUCAGUAUGCAGUAUAUGUAUGUAUAUGUAUGUUUGUCAGUAUGUAUGUCUGCAUGUAUAUGUGUGUGUGUGUGUGUGUCAGUAUCUCCCUAUGCAUGUGUGUAUGUCUGUUUCAGUAUUUGUAUCUGUUAGUGUGUGUGUAUUCCUGAGGGCGGGAUUUGGAAGCGGGCUUGAAGGGGAAAACCCUGCAGCGCACCAGUGUGCAGCGUUGCAGAGAACGACAGGGGGCCCAGGUAAGAGACAGAGGCUCACUACAAGUACUUAGCCCAGAAGAGCAAAUACAAGCUCCUGCUCUUAGCUCAUUGGCUAAGAUUGACCAGCUUAGGCUCUCAGCUAAUGAGGGAGCCAUUCUUGGCUCAGAAGAGCUAGAGGUGGUUCUCACUUAAGAACUUCUGACACUCUGGUGUUAGUAGUGAAGGUAAGGAGUGGCAUCUGGCGAACCUAAGGUAAGAAGUAAAACCUUUCAAAAAGGUUUGACUUUUUACAAUUGGUGGGCUGCCAGUGCACUCCUGGCACCAUACGCACUACAAUGAGCUAUAGGAAUGUUCCAUUGAAUCAUGCAUUUAUGUCUUACUAAUGUUCACACAAGGAUAUCAGUACAUCAUGUCAUGAAUUCUCCUCAGGCCUAGUUUAGAGGGGAACUAUAACUUCCCAGGAUUUUAAUAUAUAUCUUAAUUAUGCCUUAAUUAGGUUGUGAAAAAUGAAAUAAAAAUGUAUACAUCCACAACCUGCAACUGGGCGCCGCCAUCAUAGCUCCUUGACAGUCAUUGUUAUAAGGCCCGUUCCUUUGCACCUGCCAGUCAGCUAAAAGAAAGCAUACAGAGAGGAGGAGAAAACAAACAGUGUUUCUUUUUAUCUUCAUUUGAAAUGUUUUCUUUUGCUUUGCCUUGUCUGAACUGGAUUAUGAUGUAAUUUGAUAAAUCUUUAAUAUAAAUAAAAUUAAAAAAAGAGUAUCUCAUGAAAAAUAGGUUCAUAGAAGCUACGUGUGAUCUCAAUGUUAUAUUCAACGGUGUGAAUUCCACAGAAGUGCGUUUCCUUUUUACGAAUUUGAAGCUUCAGUCUGGUAUUGGGCUGGUUGUAGUAGGGUUUCAUGCUUCAAAGUCAGAAUAUUUUCAGUCGGAGUGCUGCGGUCUUGUCAUAAAAAGACGCCUGUAAUUAUUGUGUCAUGUUCUGUGCCGAUAUGCUUUGUAGUGGAGAUGGGUACUUGGACAAAUAAAGUGAACCAAAGCAUCCCAAACUAACGUAAACAAAGGCAUUUUUGGCUUGUGAAAUGUCAUCACAACAGGAUCUCCACCCUCGCUUGGUAUUUACAAUAAAAAGACCUUCUGCAAUCGUGGCAUUGGAGUUGGCAGAGUCACAAAACAUAUUUUAAACAGUGCUAGCUUUUGGAAUUAAGUGAAGUGUAUGUAUCUUGACCAACCACCAUCUGUUCUAUAUGAUUCGCAAUAUAUAGUAGAAGGAAUAGAUACUUUGUGACUGUCCAUUUCAAUUUGUAAUAAUUGUGCAUCUGCUUAGUAAUCUUAUUUUAUUAUGUAGUUGCUUUGGCCAUUGUAUAGCUUUAUCAUAUGAGUGUAGCACUCCAAAGUGCUUUGAGAAAUUAUCUUUAUGAUAUACUGCAAAGUUACAAAGAUGUUGCUGAAAUGCAACGCUCAUGAUUCUCUGUCUAUUUAUUGCAAUUAAAGAAUUCUGGAAGUUGUAGGCUAUUAACUUCUGGGGGGAGGGUCGGAGGGCAGAGUUGAGAGGCACUAGAUCAGGCUUCCCCAAAUUCCGGCCCCCCAGAUGUUGCUGAACUACAACCAUGAUUCUAUGAAUGAAAUAGAUAGACUGAGAAUUAUGGGUGUUGUAGUUCAGCAACAUCUUGAGUGUGGGGAAGCCUGCUCGAGAGGCAGUAGGGGCUUUGACUGGAAAAGAUUCAGUUAUCAAAUCAUUUUGAAUUGCCACAUCAGCAUGUAAACUAUACAGAUGGGGGAUGAUUGCUGCACAUGCACUGAGUGUCCUUGAUGCUUCGUUAAGCAAAACAUCUAAAUGAACAAAAUUUUGCAGAAGCUGGUCAGGCUGCUGGGGUUAAACAGACCAAUGAAAAUUGGGAAGUUUAACUGUGAUUUUAAUUAUUAAAAAAAAAAAGUGAUGCUAAUAAUCUGGAAAUAAGGAGGUCUUAAUAAAAAGGCUUCUUUUUAUUAGUGUUCCUUUUAUGUAUAUUUUGCAUAUUUGUAAUGCAUUAUAUAUAAUGCAUUAAAUAUGCGUGUCACCUCCUGUACAAUGUUGAAACCUAAUUAUUACUCUCAAAUGAUAAGUAUCUGAGCAAGAAUUGUGGCUAUUCUCAUUUGCAAAUUGAUUGUUUUAUUGCCUCUAAAGACUAACCAAAGUUCACUGCAGAACUGUAGCUGCCAAAGGGAGUAGAAGUAAAUGUUAAUUUUGGUUUUGAUAAUUGAAUUCAUUUGCAGCUGAAACAGUGAUUAGGUCAGUUCCACUCCAGAAACAGCCUGCAAUUACUUCUGCAAUUACGUCUGCAACAUGCUCACAUGCAGUGGUCAGGCAUGUCAGCUCCUAAACAUCAAGAUGUUAUAUGGUUUGUCAGUAACCUAUAAUUUAGAUGUCUUAAAAUUGUGAACUAGCAUGUAUUGUGUUUCUCCAGUUUCUUAAAUAUAGUUAUCAAAACAACUUUAGCUUAAUGAAGCAGUUUGAGUGUAUAGACUCUUACCCUUCAGUCUCACUGCUCAAUUCUCUGUCAUUUACAAGUUAAAUCACAUUAUUUAUGCAGCUCUAGUCACACCUCCCUGCAUGUGACUUACACAGCCUUCCUAAACACUUCCUGCAAAGAGUCAUCAAAUGUUCAUACUUCAUUUAUUGCAAAUUCUGUUUAAAUUAGAAUUUCUUAUCUUUUGCACUUUUAAUAGCUUGCUAGACGAUCAGGAGCCAACUGUUAGUUCAAUUUAGAGAGCAGGAGAUGUUUUAAACUUUUAAUGUAAGUUACAUCUUGUAAAAAAUUAAACCAUUUUGUUUUCAUGCAGACUGUGUCAGUCACAGCCAGGAGAGGUGUGGCUAGGGCUGCAUAAACAGAAACAACAGUGAUUUAACUCCUAAAUGUCAGUGAAUUUAGCAGUGAAACGUCAGAGGCAUAAUAUAUACAAAAAAAACCUGCUUCAUUAAGUUAAAGGUUUUUUUGUGACUAUAGUGUCCCUUUAACCAUUUUUUACAUACAGCAAAUUAUUGUCAGCUUGUUACUCAAAGGGACACUUUUUGAAUCAAAACUACAUCAUAAUGUAGGGGUUUUGUUGAUUAGACCAUGUCCCUGCAAUCUAAGAGUUGUGAACAUUAUCCACAGAAUAACAUUCUUAUAUUUAUCAGGAUUGUUGUUAGGUUCCAACGGUUCCUGGGAUUGAGCCAAAAACUUUAGAAACUAGUAGAUUUAGCAGAAUAGAAAAUGUAUAUAAUAUUUUUUGUAAAGGUCUCUCUGCAGUUUUAAAACAUGCUGGCUAUUUUUAUACUUUCUUUAAAAAAAAAAAAAAAAAAAAAGAAAAGAAAAUAGCAGGAUUUGCAUGUCUAGGUUCCAUGAAGCACAAAAUACUCUUGCUCAAAAUACAUUUACUUUAAAAUUAUGAUGUGUAAAACAGAUUUGUUUUAUUUUGUUUAUAUAUUACAGUUAAAGGAACACUAUAGUGAUUGAAAUACAAACGUGCAUUCUAGUCUAUAGUGUUAAAAAUGCCAUAUAACUUACCUUUUAUUCAUCGGCACACUUGCCGGCCGCGCCUGGCUCUGCCCUGCUCCACCUUUUCGGCUGAACUCAUCUCUUUGGCUGAGAAUUCACCCACUCCUACUGUUUCUCCCAAUUUAUCAGUAUAUUUUCCAGCACCUUGACUUGUGAGCUUUGCAGAUUCCCCUUGGAUGAUAUUUUGCACAGUUUGUCUGUGAGAAGGCUGAGGAGCCACGCAGGAUUUGUGUGCAAGCCUUUUAUUUUAAAGGGAUGAGAACAUGUCAUCAAAAGUUAGAUUUGAUUAAUAAAUAUCAGUUGAUGAAUAGGCAGAAAUCUAUUCUAUUCUAUUUCCCACAUUUCAAGAGAAACUCUUUGUCCAAAAAUGCAUAUAGUGUAUGUAUAUGACAUGUAAUAUAUAUAUGUAUCUAUAUGUGCAUUUGUAUAUACAUACACCUUAUUAAAUUAAAUAAAGAUCCAUCUUUCACUGAGAACAAAUUCCCACUACACAAUAGAGAUUUGUAUGGAAAAUACAAAUCCUACUUUAGUGCUGUAUUAGUUCAAGAAAUAAUUUUUAUGAGGUUGGAAAAAUGGUGACGUGAAUGAAUAUAAGUCCGUAUGUUGUGGACUAAAAAUCAUAUUAGGCUCAGACAACCUCUUAAUAUAUUUUUGGCAAUCCUUUAAAUGCAUGGUUCUUGGAAGUGGUGGAGAGGAUAUUGGGGAAGGUAUUCCCGCUAGAUAAUCCCCCUCAGUCAAGAUAUUCUGGCUGCUAAUACCAUAUGUUUCAUUGUUUUACAGAGUAUGAAAAAAUAUGUUAAAUGAUUAUAUCAACUUCUUAAUAUAUAUUUUUUAAAUCAUUAAUAUGUUAAGCUAGGAAAUGCAAAAUAAUUUCAUAGUAUUAAUUCAUAAAUACUUCUCAAUAAUUUAAAAAUAAAGAUGGCUAAAAUUGACGACUCAUACUAGCUUCAAAGUGGCAAAAACUCUUUAACAUUCCCUGGGCCCUUAGGACACACUAACCUAUCCAUUGACAACGUACCAUGUUUUUCCUCAACAAAACAAUGUUAAUUGAGGUAUUCUCUUUAUGAGAGCACUGGAUAUGUUUGUAAAAGUUGUAUCCGCAGAUUUUGUUGGCGUUCUGGAAUCGAUGGCUUUUAAAAUGUAUCUUUCCCUGCUAAAUGACAUUGUACAGUGCACUCAUUUUAGUUAGAGAUAUCUUCUGUGACCACAGAUAGUCACUGAGAAACCAUCCAUCUAGUCUUGUAUUGCAUAAUAAUAUAACCUUUUUUUAAAAUUUCUAUUACAAAUAGUUUUUCGUUUCAGAUGAAUGAAUCACAAAUUGUGUAGCAUGCAGUCGCAUGGGCGACACUUAAAUCCUACAUUUCCUUCUUUGUUUAAAUUCAUAACUUGUCCCCAUUCAUUUCAAAAGAAACCGAGAACUGAACAAAGCCAAGCUGCAUAUAUUAAGCCCUCCUCAAUUAUCUUACAGUUCUUGGCAUCUUAGAUCGAUCCGUACAACUUGUAAUUAGCAUUUUGUUGGAGAUUAUUACCCUAAAUGCACAGUUCACAGAAUUGCUGGCAGGCACUGUUUGACACUUUGAAGUGACACACUGAUGAAGAAGAUUAGAGGACACUGCAGGUGUGGAUUUGUAGGACAGACACACCCACACAAAGCCAUUAAUGUGUCUUGUUAAAGGUUCAAAUAAGUUAUUUUUGCUGCAAGUAUUGUUAAGCACAUUAUAAUGUAGUGAACAGAAUGAUUAUUUUUCUUUUUAGAUUUGCAAUUUCAGUUUCAUAGUUUGGUCAGAGCCCCGUUGUGGCAAAUGGUAAAAAGGAAACAAAAUGCAAAGUUACAGGACUGUCAGGAAAGGAAACCAUUGGGUCCUGCUUGGCACUUGUUCCAAAACUCAUAGAUACAUACUGACAGACACAUACACUUUUAAGUGUUACCACCUGCAGAGCCAGACAUUCAUACACACCUGCAUUGCCAGACAUACAAACAGAUACAUACACUAGUAGAUACACAUAGAGAGAAACAAACACUCUCAUUACCAGACAUACAAACCCAUGGACACACAUACUCUCUGAAUGCCAGACAUACACAUUCAGUGACAGACACUAUGAGGCACAGAAACUUGCAUUGUCAUACAUACUCUGAAAAAGACACUCUUUGCCAGAAACACAGACCCAGAGAUAUACACUUAAGCACACACAUAUGUUAUAUGCAUAUAUGCUGAUGCAGCCAUCACAAUUUCGGUGGGACAGUCUUUAAUUUCGGGUUCCAUCCUAACUUUGUCCCCUGGUGUCCUGCUUUUCGGCACAAAAAAGCAUAGCACAAGCACAAGCACAUCAAUAGACACGCUCCAUACAUGGUCCGCCUUUGGUGGGCAGGCCUACUUGAUCUGCAAGCUGUCUAGCGGCGUUCUCGCCUGGCAUUAUCUUAGCAACCAUGUUCCAGAAUGGUCUGAGGUGUGGGCAGGUCCACCAGAUGUGGAAUAUUGUUGCACUAUUGGUCCUACAUCCCUGCAUGGCACAAAUCUUAGAUUAGCGGGUUGGAACUAGCUACCAUCUGAACAGAUUUUUUUUUUUUAAGAGUUCCAUAUGUUAUGAGUGUCUUUCUCAAGGUCUUUAUGCUGAGCUUCUUUAAACCCGGGGAUUUGUGUGGACACAUUCCUAUUUAUACAAGCAUAACAUAUUAUAGAAAAUAUUUUUCUUAUUAGGAUACUGCUGUAAGCAAGUGUUUUCAAAAAGGGUUAGAGGUAAGUCAGACGGAGAAAAACCCUCUAUAAGUUUGAUGGUGGUUAAACGUGGCUUGAGUUGUAAAUAUGAAAAGUCAUGUUACUUGAAUUGAAUAUCCGUAAAAGGCUUAAAGAACCACUUGUGGACUAAUUGGUAGACAUGCAUGAUGCCUCAAUACACACAAUGUAUAUAAUUGAAUGUAAGUAUACUUUAUGAUAAGGAAUACAGGGAUGUUGUUAAAGAAAUAGGAGAAUAGCUGCGUGGAGAGUUUCUAGUCAUGUCCCUUAUCUAGAUAAUAAAUGCUGUGGUUGACAGCAUGGGUGGUAAUGCAGGUCUCAUGUGACAUAACCAUAAAAGGUAAUAUAAAUCCCUCUAUCCAUGAGGAUUCAAUGUCCAGAUAUUGAGGUGCCUUAGAUUGUAGGUAAGAAGACACAAUUUGACUCAUAGAAUCUGCCCUAUAGUUCAGCUUCAGAUUUGGAACCCAACUUUAUCCUCUGGUCUCUUCAGGAUAUGUGUCGCUACCCUCACUUUUUUGUUUUGCCAAAGGAAUCUAUGAAAUAGGUGUUGCACUUUGGCAAAGGGAUAUGCAGUGUUCUGAAAAGAUAUUAGAUUUUCGGCAACAAUAACAAUUUAUUUGCUGUGAUUCUCCCUACCCACGACAGGAAUUCCCCCUCCCAAAUUGAAGUCAUUUUAAUGAACAAUAUCCUAAAAAUAUCCCAUCUUAGCAUUUUAUAAAUUAAGGCAGUAUUCUUCUUUAAGAUUUUUAACAUUAAAUAACCUGCCAAAACUCAUAAAUAUUUUACCCAGCUAAAAUCCCUCUAAAACACAUGCUUUGACAGCUCUAGGAAGUUUGGAUAACCCAAUAAUUAACCUAAAUGUAGCUUCGGACUGUGGUAUCUUUUCACACAAAAACUGUAUAUAGCGGCUACUCAAUUCGAUACACUAAAAUUUGUAGGUGUACAUAUCAGGUGAGCUCCCCAAUCAAACCCUAAAAAAUAUGUAAUGUUAUAUAUAUAAUGUUCAAUGAAUAACAUUUUAAAUGUUUAGUUUGCCAAGUCUUUAUUGAUGAAAAUUCUUAUAUUGCUUACCUCAGGGGUGACAAUAUAGCAUACACUGUGACAUAAAGUACAGAUAGUGAGAAAAUAACAGACAAAUACCCUACAAAAACUCAAAAUUAUCACAUAUCCCUCCAACCUGGAUAACUAAGUAAUAAAAUAGAGCUUUUUUAAAAAAUAAAAAAAUUAAAAAAAUUAUGGCAAUAAAAAAUCACAGUCUCCUCCUUAAGGUUAUGAAUGCAAGUAAAUCUUCACCGUGAGUUGUGUUAUACAAGUCCUGCCAAUAUUCAUUUUGGUAAUCUCCAAAAAAACAAUGUUGCAAUUAACCAAAGUGUAUUACUAUUUUUAUGAGGUUGGAAAAACGGUGACGUGCAUGAAUAAUAAGUCUGUAUGUUGUGGACUAAAAAUCUUAUUGGGCUCAGACAACCUCUUAAUAUAUUUUUGGCAUUCCUUUAACUGCAUGGGUUCUUGGGAGUGGUGGAGAGGAUAUUGGGGAAGGUAUUCCUGCCAGAUAAUCCCUUCAAUCAAGAUAUUCUAUUAUAUUGAGUUCAGGGUGGGCUAUUGUAUGUUCUAUAAAUAGAAUAUGUUGUCAUAAAUUGUCAGGAUACUGACAGGGAUCCAAUACGCAGAGUGCGCACAGAAGGAGGUACGUAUACCGGACCUUAGAAUGGCCGGACUUACGUAAGGACAAAGCAAGAAUAGUCAAAAGGUAAGCCGAGGUCAAGGGAGCCGGAGGACAGGUAAGCGAGAUACAAGCCGAGUCAAAGGAGAGGAGAGGACAACAGGACAAAAGACAAGCAAGGGUCAAAACCGGAAACACAAGAUAAAGAACGCGCUGAGUGACUAGCAAGCUAGAACCACGACAGGGCAAUGAGCAGUAGUAAAGGUUUCCUUUAAAUACCCUGUUACCUAAAUAGAGACCACGCCCCCAAAAGGUCCGGAAUAGCGGUUCCCGGCACUUUAUGCAAAUGCCGACGUCAUGACGUCGACGCUAGCCGUCGCGUCAUAAAAGGGGGAGGAGCUAGCGCGGCCGGCGCGAAAACGGCCGGAAUAUGCCGAAAUGCUAGGGGAAGGGAGCCCCUAAGCAGAGAGGAUGUCUUCCCUGGAUACAUCACCAACAGGUACCCUGACAGUACCCCCCCUUCUAGAAACGCCCACCGGGCGGAUGGGACCUGGCUUAGAAGGAAAACGAACGUGGAAGGCCCGAAGAAGACGAGGAGCAUGCACGUCUAUACCAGGAACCCAAGACCUCUCUUCUGGACCAUAACCUUUCCAGUCUAUGAGGUAUUGCAGCUUCCCCCUAGAAAUACGAGAAUCAAGGAUGGACUUGAUGAUAUAUUCCUCCUGACCAUCCACACGGACCGAGGAUGGAGGAGCAGAGCGGGAGGAAAAUCUGUUACAAACAAGAGGUUUCAAUAACGACACAUGAAAAGAGUUAGGGAUGCGUAGAGUAGGAGGUAGAUCCAGCAAAUAAGAAACCGGGUUGAUCCUCCUCAGUACCCUGUAAGGACCAAUGUAACGAGGAGCAAACUUCAAGGAAGGAACUUUCAGGCGAAUGUGUCUGGUACACAACCAGACCCUAUCCCCGGAGAAAAAAUAGGAGCAGGACGUCUACGCCUAUCAGCAUGUGACUUAAACACCGCGGAACUACGUUCAAGAAUUUGUCGAGUCUGAUCCCACAACUUUCUCAGGUUGGCUAUAUGAAUAUCAACCGACGGUAUACCCUGGGAAGGAGACACCGACGGAAGAACAGUAGGGUUAAAGCCAUAGUUCAAGAAAAAGGGGCUAUUACGAGUGGAACCACAAACAAGGUUGUUGUGAGCAAACUCCGCCCAAGGAAUCAGACCGACCCAGUCAUCCUGGUGUUCAGAAACAAAACAACGUAGAUAUUGCUCAAUUUUUUGGUUAGUGCGUUCGGCUGCUCCGUUAGAUUGAGGAUGAUAGGCCGAAGAAAAAUUCAGUUUGAUGCCCAACUGUGAACAGAAGGAUCUCCAAAAACGGGAAAUAAAUUGGGAACCCCUGUCUGACACAAUCUCAUUGGGAAUACCAUGUAAACGGAAAAUUUCUCUAGCAAAUAUCACGGCCAGUUCGGGGGAGGACGGAAGUUUAGGCAAGGGAACGAAAUGAGCCAUUUUAGUAAACCUGUCAAGGACCGUGAGGAUAACUGUAUGCCUAUUGGAAGCUGGUAGAUCAACAAUAAAAUCCAUAGCCAAACAAGCCCAAGGUUUGUUGGGAACGACUAAGGGCUGCAAUAAACCACAAGGGAGAUCCCGCGGAAGUUUAUUCCUGACACAAACAUUGCAAGCCUUGACAAAGUCUUCCACAUCCCUACGUAAACCGGGCCACCAGAAGUCUUUGGAGAUCAGGCAGUAAGUUUUGUGGAUGCCGGGGUGACCAGCGAUCUUGCUAUCGUGGAAACAGCGAAUAAUGUCCACUUGGAAUUUGGGAGACACGAACAAGCGGCCCACAGGAGUACGUUCGGGAGCAAGAGAUUGUUCGUUCUGAAUAUCAGCGAGCAAUGGAGAGUGUAUUUUGACAUUGGUGUUGGCGAUAAUAUUGACUUCAGGAAUAAUAGGGAACAAAGUAUCCUCUGUAGAGGUGGUAGGUUCGUGCUGACGUGACAAAGCGUCUGCCUUAGUGUUCUUAGAACCAGGCCUGUAAGUAAGCACAUAAUUAAAGUGUGUAAGGAACAUAGACCAACGUGCCUGCCUGGCAGAUAAUCUUUUGGCCUCCCCCAUAUACGAUAAAUUUUUGUGGUCAGUCAAGAUAGUAACUGGGAGGACGGUGCCCUCUAACAAAUGUCUCCAUUCCUUUAAUGCCAUAAUGAUAGCUAAAAGUUCUCUAUCACCAAUGUCAUAUCUCCUUUCAGUGUGUGAUAGUUUCUUGGAAAAAAAACCGCAAGGGUGCAGCGGCUUAUCUAAACUUUGUCUUUGGGAUAACACUGCGCCUAUCCCUGUUUCAGACGCAUCAACUUCAAGUAAAAAGGGUAGAGAGGUAUCAGGAUGAACUAAUACAGGUGCUGAGGCAAAAGACUGUUUGAGCGUUUCGAAAGCAGAUAAAGCCUCAGUAGACCAGGUUUUGGUAUCGGCUCCUUGUUUGGUCAUAUUAGUGAUAGGAGCGAUAACAGAGGAGUACCCUUUAAUAAAACGUCUGUAAUAAUUAGAAAAUCCAAGAAAUCUUUGUAUGGCUUUGAGUCCCUUAGGUAAAGGCCAAUCUAAAAUCGAUUUUAGUUUGGUCGGGUCCAUCAUAAACCCGUCUUUGGAAAUUACGUAACCUAAGAAAGUUACCUGAGACUGGUCAAAGCUACAUUUUUCCAAUUUACAAUACAAUCCAUGUUGUAAAAGUUUCUGUAAUACCUUUCUGACUUGUCUAUGAUGUGAAUUAAUGUCUCUAGAAUGGAUUAGUAUAUCAUCCAAAUAUACAAUUACACAUUCAUGUUGGAAUUCUCUAAGAACUUCAUUGAUCAAGUCUUGGAAGACGGCCGGGGCGUUACAAAGCCCAAACGGCAUUACGGUAUACUCAUAAUGCCCGUAACGGGUAUUCAAUGCUGUCAUCCAUUCAUCUCCUUGUUUAAUUCGCACUAAGUUAUAUGCUCCUCUUAAGUCAAGUUUAGUAAAAAUACUCGAGCCCUUUAGUCUGUCAAAGAGUUCAGUAAUCAAAGGAAUAGGGUAAGCAUUUCUGAUAGUAAUUUUGUUCAAUCCCCGAUAGUCUAUACAAGGACGUAAGGUACCGUCUUUCUUUUCUACAAAAAAGAAACCCGCCCCCGCCGGAGAAGAAGACUUUCUAAUAAAUCCCUUGUCUAAAUUCUCCUUGAUAUAUUCCUCUAAAACUAAGUUUUCCUUGGUGGAUAGAGGGUAUACCGUACCCCUGGGAGGCAUAGUACCAGGGAAAAGUUUAAUAGAACAGUCAUAAGACCGGUGGGGAGGUAAAGUAUCCGCCUUACCCUUGUCAAAUACAGAUUUGAGGUCUAGAUAUUGUAAUGGUAUCUGAACGUCUGUGGAUUGAGAAGUGUUAACAUAAGAGUUUACGGGACAAACAGAAGUAACUCUCUGCAGACAUUCUUUCCUACAACCCUUACCCCAAGAAACGAUUUCUCCACCCUCCCAGUCAAUCUGAGGGUUGUGUCUCUUGAGCCAAGAAUAUCCUAGAACCACUGGGACUGCCGGGGAGGAAAUUAACAGAAGGGAAAUCAACUCUUCGUGGAAAAUACCAACAGUAAGCUUAACGGGUUCGGUCUCAUGGAAUAUUACUGGUUCAGAUAAAGGUCUACCAUCUAUGGCCUCAACGGCCAAGGGUGUAUCUCUCAAUUGGAAUGGGAUACAAUGCUUAUUAGCGAAAGUUUGGUCUAUAAAGCUUUCUGCUGCUCCAGAAUCUAAUAAUGCCAUCGUAGCAAUAAACCCCUUUUCCCAAGCUAGAGAGACAGGAAUCAGAAGCCUAUGGUCUUUUUUAUUAUGCAUAGAGGACAGUAAUGAAACACCCAAGGCCCGUCCUCUAAGGGAACUUAGGUGCGAGCGUUUCCCGGACGAUUAGGGCAACUAAGACGUAGGUGACCUCUCAGCCCGCAGUAUAAACAGAGACCCUCCCUUCUUCUGUACUGUCUCUCAGCCUCAGAUAAGCGAGUAUUACCUAUUUGCAUAGGUUCUGGUGGAGUAGGAUUAUAGGAGUCAGGUUCUGAAAUGAGGGAGCGAGUCUUACAGGAAGUCUAGUAACUCUUUCCCGAGUGUUCUGCCUCUGUCUCAUGCGUUCAUCUAUUCUGGAAAUGAAGGAUACUAAAUCCUCUAAAUUUUCCGGAAGUUCUCUUGUGGCAAUUUCAUCUAGAAUUUCAUCAGACAACCCAUUCAAGAAAACAUCCAUAAAAGCUUGUUCGUUCCAUUUCACUUCUGCUGCCAAUGAUCUAAACUCUAAAGCAUAUUCUACAAGGGUCCUAUCUUGUUGUUUAAGGAGUAACAGGGAUCUGGCCGCAUUAAUCUUCCUCCCUGGGGGGUCAAAGGUUCUUCUAAAAGCCGUGACAAACGCAGUGUAGUUGUAGACUAAAGGAUUGUCAUUCUCCCAAAGGGGAUUGGCCCAUCUAAGUGCUUUAUCUAUUAGCAGGGUUAUAAUAAAGCCUACCUUAGCCCUGUCAGUGGGGUAAGCCCGGGGUUGUAGUUCGAAAUGUAUACUUAUCUGGUUUAAAAAACCACGACAAGCAUCAGGCGAACCCCCAUAUCGUAAUGGUGACGUGACAUGGGAAGAUGCGCCUACAGUGGCUACUUCCAAACCAGUACUUAGCGAGUGGCUAGCAGUGGAACGUAUUUCUUCAGACUGGGUACUGGAGCGUGUCAACAAAGUUUGUAACGCUAAAGCCAUUUGGUCCAUUCUAUGGUCCAUGGCCUCAAAUCUGGGGUCAGGAGGACUAGCACCUGCAGGAUCCAUCUGGCCCUGUCGUAAUGUCAGGAUACUGACAGGGAUCCAAUACGCAGAGUGCGCACAGAAGGAGGUACGUAUACCGGACCUUAGAAUGGCCGGACUAACGUAAGGACAAAGCAAGAAUAGUCAAAAGGUAAGCCGAGGUCAAGGGAGCCGGAGGACAGGUAAGCGAGAUACAAGCCGAGUCAAAGGAGAGGAGAGGACAACAGGACAAAAGACAAGCAAGGGUCAAAACCAGAAACACAAGAUAAAGAACGCGCUGAGUGACUAGCAAGCUAGAACCACGACAGGGCAAUGAGCAGUAGUAAAGGUUUCCUUUAAAUACCCUGUUACCUAAAUAGAGACCACGCCCCCAAAAGGUCCGGAAUAGCGGUUCCCGGCACUUUAUGCAAAUGCCGACGUCAUGACGUCGACGCUAGCCGUCGCGUCAUAAAAGGGGGAGGAGCUAGCGCGGCCGGCGCGAAAACGGCCGGAAUAUGCCGAAAUGCUAGGGGAAGGGAGCCCCUAAGCAGAGAGGAUGUCUUCCCUGGAUACAUCACCAACAGGUACCCUGACAUAAAUGUACUAUUUACAUCAUCUGGUAUAACACUCACGCUGAUGCUGUGCAUCCAGAUCAAAGUUGGAAUUAUGGCCCUAUGUGCGCAUGUGCUCACUAUAUUAAUAAAGUAAAUGCAAGUGGGGGGGUGGGGGUGGGGGGAUUUAAUCUUACUGUCAGUGCACACAUCUCCACACUGAACAAACAGGGUUUUUCACUAAAGUGAGAAUUCAAAGUGAAUUUCAAAUUUUGGCCAUAGUAGCCAAACUCGAAGCAUAGCUGAAUUAGAGAAUUUUUCCCGUUUGGCUAUUUUUACCUUGAAUUUCAAAUUCACUUUCGAUUCUCAUUUUAGUGAAUAAAUAAGUUUACUGUGAUAGCGAAAUUGUUACCAAUUGAAAUGGGUAACUAAAAUGUUUACAUGUGUAUUGUAUAUGCUUUACAAUAUAAGCUUGAAAACUAUCACGUCUCACUGCGUAUCCUUCAUGUUAGGGCACUUUAUGGUUAAUUUCAUGUUAUAAAGUUUGGCAAGGCUGCAUUGAGUAGAAUUUGGCUGUGCCCUCAUGUACAACAGGAACUAACUGUUUUUGCUGCAUCUGCAUAUAUUAAAAAAUAAAACCCCACAGGAUGAGGCUUGACACUAAGAAGGAGGGAGGGGGGGCAGCGAUUACAUGCUCUACGUGUUGGAUUGUGAAAAUGUCCUAGUCCUGAGAAUGCAGCGGGACAUCUGUGUAUAUGACUGGAAGAAUGCGUCAGCACAGACAAUGAAACCACUCCAGAAUGACCCCUUCAACUGUUCAUGGAAUUCCCAAGCACCUCUUAGUGCUUGACAGGAAUUUGUUCUUUGUGGAGUUUAAAUGGCCUUUACGAAAUUGACCUGAAAAGGCUAGGAUACAAAAUGUCACUUUUGUCUGUAGAAAAACAGAAACGUUCCAACAAUUAAAAAUGUUAGACAUUAUUACAUGAACAAGGGACUUCGGCAUAUUCUUUGAUGCAUGUUAUUGAGAUUACUAAUGGUUCAUUUUGACAAAUUAUUCGAAUGAUGUUCACAGGGAGGGAUCGUUUCUCUUUGGCUAAAAUAGUUUGAAGAUUUUAAAGAUAUAAUACAGGGGAAACAUUUUUGCAAAAAUAUGUACGCACAUUUAUUCACCUUAACAGGAAUUCUAGAGAAUCGACAAAGAAAUCACAAGCUUUUAGUCCAAAUUCAACGAUUUUGCUAUUUAUCAGCUGGGGUAGUUUUUUUUUUUUAACCAAUAUUUAUGUUUUUCUUCGUGGUUAUUCACAAUUUCCAGUUUAGUGCAUAAAAUCCACAGAUAUGUUAGUAUGCAGUAUCAUACAGUUUAUAUGCAACAGUAGAAGUCCACAACUUGUAUUUUAGAAUAAACAUAUAUCUCAAGUGACCCUAUUUAGGAAGGGCAAACCCUAUUUUUAGCAGAAAUCCCCAUGUCCAUCUCUUUUCUGAGAGCUCUGUAUUGUUGGUGGGUGUGAGUAUGUAACAGAGCGCCAAAGCAGUAAUACUCACAAUAACAUGUCUAAAUAAAUAUGUUUAGAAAUCAGUCUGUGUAGGUAAGAUACAUUGUUCUUGUUCUAACUUACAUUUUAGUUGCAUCAAUGAUUGUUAGUAAAUCAUCCAAAACUUAUCAGCACAGCCUCAGCCAUGGCACACUCACAGUCCCUCCUGGUCCUUUUAAAAUGUUAGGAGGUAUGUAAUAACUAUUGCUACAAUCUUCAGACAGUCUGUCCUCUCUUAUAUUAAUAUUAUUGUCUUUGUAUAGCGCCAGCUUAUUCAGCAGCUCUUUACAGUGUUAUGCAGGGGGAAAUUUAACAAUAAAUGAAAGCAUUACAAAAUUUAACGGGAACAAUAGUUUGAUGAAGACCUUACUCAAAAGAGCGUUAUACUGGCUGUGGUCUUUUACAGCACUAAUACUGUGAUGGUAAACCUAGUUGUAGAAUAGGGUCUACAGCAGGGCUGCCCAAUAGGUAGAUCCCCAGAUCUUGUAGAACUACAACUCUCUUGAUGCAUUUCGAAAGUCAAAGCAUCAUGGGAGUUGUAGUUCUACAACAUCUGGGGAUCUACCUAUUGGGCAGCCUUGGUCUACGGCAUAUAGGCUAGAAGUUUAUCAAAGGAAAGUAAUCAACAGUGUCAAAACAAUUACUGAAAUAUUAUUAUAAUAAUAAAAAAUAUUAUAGAUAUUAUUAUUAUAAAAAUCCAAGAAAUAUUUAUUUUGAGAAUUAAUACCUUGUGUCGAGUGUUUUUUGUUAUUAGUACAUUUGGCACUGAGACAGUGUAGGUCAUCAUCAGUGACCUAUUUAGAAGAAUUGUAAAAUACUUUAUCCUGGCAUCGUCUUUGACCCUUACAUAGAAAUAGUCAAAUAUCUCAUCCUUAUUGUCGUUUGUGAUCCAUAUGGAAGACUCAUUAAAACAGGAGUGCCCAAAAGGUAGAUCCCCGAUGUUGUAGAACUACAACUCCCAUAAAGCUUUGCAUGCCUUUAGAAUGACAAAGCAUCAUAGAAGCUGUAGUUUCAAAACAUUUGGGCACAUCUUGGGAACCCCUGCAUUAAAUGGUCCCUCUAAGCACUGUAACCUAUUAAUUUUACUGAAGUAGUUAUAGUGCAUACACCUUUCCCCUGCAGCCUUUCUUAAAAAACAAAAAAAAAAUGUUUAAUUCCAGAGAUAUACACAUUUUCUUAUGUGGGUACGUCUGCCUUGUUGUGCUGUGAGUCAACCAGCUGGGAUACUGUCAAUAUCAGUUUUGUGCAACAUAUGCAUCUGGUGUCAGCACACACUGCACACUGAGUUUAGACACCUGGAACAGGGUGCCCAUUUCUGGGUCAGAGACGCACAAUGUCAAAGCUCCUGCUGUCUUACUCUGAGACAGUUUAACUCUCUAACUCCUUCAUACAGAAAAAAGAUAAAUUGGUUCUGGUUUUUGACCUCUGCUCUUGCUCUCACCUUUCCUUGACUCCCCAACACCAACAUUAUUUCUACACAAAUCUGGCAUUAACUAAACAUUCUGACAGCAGUUUCACCCCUAUUACUCUCACAUAGCCAGUAUGUGCAGGGGUCAAAGAGAUCCCAGCAUGUACAGUGCUGUUACCGAUAAGAAUGUGAUUGCUGUUAACAGUCUGACUCCUGUCACUCUCAGUCAGCCAGCCUAGUUCAUUACAGUCGAUUAUUCACUGUGUUCAGCCGUGCUCCGCUUCACGGAUUCAUACAAGGGUGAAGUGUGGUCAGGACAUGGCGGCUGGAGUUUCCAAAUGCGGGAGACAGUGUGUGGUGACUAGGAGAGGUAAUAUCAGUAAAUUUCAAGACCUACACCAACUAUCAGAAAUAUGUGGAAUAUAGGCUCUAUAAGCAGCAGAACUAAUAAUUGAUCUAUUCCUAGUUUAAAAUUGAAAUAUAUAUUUUUAAGAAAUAGCAAGUGCUGUAUUCAGAUCACAAUUCCUGCGUGUGGUAUUAGAUAACAUUAAAAAUAAAUAACUAACAAAUUCUCUAUUCAGUGUUUAUAAACUGUAUACAGCAUAGUUGUGGGUUGGUGCUCUGGGCCUGUGCAAUCUACUACACUGACAAAAUGAAAGAUUUUAGUUGGAAAUUCAAUAUUACAGAGCUAUAGGUUUGUUCUUCCCCAUUGUUAUGACUUCUUUUCUUUGUUCGUCUUUACAGAUCUUUAUUUAAUGCACUGGCCUGAUGCCCAUGUGCCAGGUAAGACUGCACGAGAGAUCCGAGCAGAGACUUGGCAGGCAAUGGAGGAUCUGUACAGACGAGGUGAGUAGCUUAUGGGUUUAAAACCUCUCCAAGAGCUUGACUCUGAUACAUGUUAUUUGAAUAUUUUUUAGGAUACAAUAUAAUUAGCCCUUGUCUUAAUAACAGGAAGCAUCAGUACUUAAAAGGACUAAUUUUAAGAUAUUGUAGUAUAGUAUAAUAUUAUAAUGGAAUGAAUUACCUCUUUACAUCACUGUAAGGAACAAAGGGGUUAAAGAGACCUUAUUCUAGCCCUUUUUUAAACCAAAAGAAAAAACCUGUUAUUUAUCUGGUAACGGUUAUUUUUAUUGAUGUCCCCAUUGUUGAGUUAUAACUGACUAAAGCUGUACCAGACAGAUAAGCAACAGUAUCCAGUUGAUAGAAAGUAGCAAGGACUAGCCUUCCAGAAAUGAUAUAUUGUGGUACAGUUAUCACAAGCCUAGAGGACACUGUCAUUAAUCAGGGAGACAGGUGACCUUUAACAUGUACAGCUAAAGCCUAUCAAGAUAGUGGAAGGAUUGCUAUAGUGUAAAUUUCUUGGAGGGGGGUGUGGAGGGGGGAGGGGGGGGGCAGUGGGUGGGGGGAAUCAUGCAUGUAUACAGAAAAGUUAUGUAUUUACCUUGAACAUAUAUCUCAGUCUAUGGGAAGCGAAAUUGUGAAAAAUAAAGGCUGUAACGUUUUCCUGACCUAACGGUACUUGAACAGUGUAAUCUGGGUUUUUGUAUUGUACAUGAGAACAGGAAGUUAUAGACCUCAGACCUGAGAAAUUGUUCGACUCUACCACACUGGCUAAUGAAAGCCAGUAGCAUGGUUAACACAUUGUUUAAUAACGACAUUCACAGCCAAUCUGCGUUUUAACAACUCUGCAGUUACUUCAGUUGACCAUGCCUUGCCCAUUCCUCAUGUUAUUCACACACUGUAAAAACCUUAAAAAAACAAGUAAGUUGCACCAUGUUUAAAUUACAGUAAUCAUACCAAUUAAUUUAAUUUGGGUUAAUGUCUUAUGUUCGUCUGUCCUCUGUUUGUUCCCAUGUUUCCAGAUGUUACCUCUCUAAGGCAGCAUCGAUAUUAUGGAAUUUUUAUUUCCGGCCAAUAAGAAUUUUAUCUAGUCUUUAGUAAUUUUAAUACAUUUACAUCCCCAUCAUUUUGUUGCUAUGAAAUUUGGACGUACAAAAUAAUGUGUAAUAGUCCUCCAGAGGCUCACACAAUCUUGGGCAAUAGUGGACUCUGUACAUCUUGGGUCCCAAAGAUUCCACAAUUAUGGCGGGAAGCCACCGAGUUUUGUAAGAUCCAUAGGAUCGAAUCCAGACCUCUUGGUGGACUACAAAAAAAAUGGAAGACUCAUGGGUCGUGAUCAUCUUCUCUUGAGAAUGCAAUACAUGUUCAUGGACAGUCUUAGGGCAAAACAUGUCAAAAGCAGUCCAUGGCCAACAUCCUAGAAGAAGCUCAGCUGGUUUUGUACCGGUUGUAGCAUGUGGUGUUGUUUUAUAAACAAAAAGAAAAGGCAAUAUGGACCUCUAAGACAAUAUGGAUCUCUGGCAUGUUGAUGCCACUGUGACUUUAAUGUAGUUCUUGAAAGUCUGUACGAACUGUUCUGCUUGACCAUUGGUCGUUAGUUGGUAGGGUGUGGUUAACUUGUGCUUGAUAUUAUGAACAGUAGUAAAACUCUGGAACUCAAGGCUUGUGAAUUGGGCACCAUUACCUGUGACAAUCUUCCUGGGGUACCCACACAUGGCAAAAAGGUGCAAUCAGUGCCAUGUUCUUGCUGGGGGGCUUUGUGGAUGGCAGUGUGCAGUGUGUUCUUACUGGGGUCAGUGGAUGAUACUGUGCAGUUUGUUCUUACUGGGGUCAGUGCAUGGCAUCCUAUACAUUACUGCUUCGGACGCUGACUGAUUUAAGAUGGCUGCCACUCUCUCUCACCUGUGAGUCAUCACAGGGGUGGAGCCACCAGUUAAAGUGAGAGGGAUGUGAGAGAGCAUGUUGUAAAGUUAAGGUAUUAAAGUAUUGACACAAGAGUAUAAAUAUAUAGGCUCACUGUUAUCUCCAUGUCAUUACUACUUCAGAUAUUGCCCCACAAUAAGGCUCAAAUACUAUAUGAGAUACCUCAUAGUGUCUCCAUGUGCAAAUGUUUUCCAUUCAUGGAGCACUUUGAAUUUGUGAGAUGCUUAUUUGCCCUAAAAUGUUGCAUUCAUUUUUCUCCAGUUCUACAUUUUAAAACACUGCAUUGGGUAUGCUGCUUAUUUGGUGGGUUGUUAUACUUAAGAGAUGUAGAACUUUAUAAAUACAUUUCAGGUUUUUAUUGAACUAGUGUACAAAGGUUUAAAAGUACACAGAAAAAAACUCAAUGUGUUUGUAAAAACCAUCUGCCGCCAGUCUAGUCCAAUUACGUUAUAUUUUCCUUUAGUAGUUUAUCAUCGGUGUUUUUUAUUUAUUAUUUUUAAUGAAUUUCAUAUUGACUGACUUACAUGUAUACCCAGUAAGUAAUAAUUCACUUAUUGGGUGUGUUUGCGUUCCCAAUGUGCAGUUUAAAAAUAAGGUAUCCACCCAACACUGAAAGCAAAGGUCAAGUCCACUUUCAAUGGUAAUAUAUAGAUGCUGAAUCUAUAUUGGAGUGGAGUGCUAAGUAUAUAUCAACUCAUAUGGACAUGAGCCUGUAUAGUAAUUGGCUGAGCAGAAGGCACCUUUAUGUUCUUAAGGGCAGCAUCACACCUCUAGUGGAUGAAUAUCCUCCAAGCAUGUAGAAAGGGAGAAAGGGCAUACAAUAGUGCAUAGAGUCUGGAAAUAAUUGUGACUUGACCUAUAUAUAUAUAUAUAGAGAGAGAGAGAUAGAGAUAGAUAGAUGUAAGGCUUACCUUGUUCGGAGCCUAAUGUACCUAGCUGUGAGGUGGAAAGGCUGGGUGUCAGAUUGUGGGGUGACACCUCCCCUAAGAUGUGCAGAAGCCACAAGGUCAAGAUUGGACACCAGAUGAAUCCAACUGUAAUUUAUUAAAUUGAUUAAUAUGUUAUUAAAACAAUAUAAAAUAUAAAGACAAUGUUGGUAAUAGUCCAAUGGGUGCAGUUCCUGUUGUUAAUCCUUUGCCAAAACGCGUUUCGCUUGAAUCCAAGCUUCCUCAGUCGGCUGUAUCAUGUAGACAUCUGUUUCUUCUUUUAUAUAUUCGUGCCAGGUCUGUUUUGCCGGUCACUGGAGUCCUUUCCGUCCAUUCGGAGGGCUUUGUCCAUAAUUAAUUCUUAAGGCUUUACAUGUGUAAUCUUCGGUGGCUAUCAAUGACGCACGCGAUACUUGCGAUACGUCACUUCCUUAAUAGCCCACCGGUAUCAUGCAUUACUAAUCUGCUUAUGGGCGGAAGUGGCGUCACGAUCCUCCGUGGUACGUCACUUCCGCCCUAUACAUUGCGAUCAGCUGCGGCUCCUAAAUGAUGUAAAUAAGAAAAGAGAGAAGACAUAG